AUGUCUUUUAAUGUGUCUACUCUGGGCCAAGAGUGUGCUGUGAGGACAAGUCUCAUCACGUAUCUAUCUCCUCACACAGCUCGCCCAGUUUCCUACCCCCAUUGUUCCUUCCUUUGGUUUGAAAAAUGUAUCCUCUUUGACUGGAAAUGUUUGUUUUAAAGUAUAAAUGUUCACCAUUCUCCAUUUCAGAUGUGCUGCUGGGUACACAGGCAACCCCCAGCUCGGCCAGAGGUGUAGUGUUGGCAACAAUGACCUCAACGGUAUGUAUAUGGAUUAUUCAAUUCAAUAUAGCUUUAUUUAUCCCCUCAGGGGCAGUUAAGAGUGUUAUUACACAGUGCUAACAGGCUGCAGCUGUUAGAAACACAAUUUAAAUGAUAGUAUUUGAUAGAAUGAAGGCACACAGAGUGAAAACCUCUGCUGUGGCAUGUUUACAGGUAACUGCUACAACUGUGACCAGAGAGGAAGUGAAGGAUGCAAUGGAAAUGGUGUGUGUCGCUGCAAGGUAAGCAAACCAAGGCUUCUGUAAGUAUUUCCUAAUAACCACCAUCCGCAUUGACAUCUCCCAACCCAUCACUCAGAUGGGGGCAGUAUAGGAACAUCAUGGCAAAACCUGUAAGUCUGGCCAAAUUUCUACCCCCAGACUCAGGCUGCUGAAUAGCCACCACUAGCCAGCUACCUGCUCCCUCCUCAACGGACAUUUACCCUGCUCCCACCCCAAUGGACAUUUAUCAUUGCCACAGUUGUUAAUAUGUAUAUAUUAUUAUUUCUGUUUUAUUAUUAUCUAUUUUUAUUAUAUUUGUAUUGUUUUAUUUAACUUUGUCCUGCAUAAUUUCACUGUACCCUGUAAUUACAUCUGCAGCCCUGUACAUGUGACUAUUAAACUCUCUAAAUCUAAAUCUAAAUAUCCUUAUCCACUUCUGAGGGUUACUUCCGUGAGAUAGUUUGUCCCAUAGAAAUAGAAUUACUAGCAUGGCAUUCCCAUUCAAGUCAAUGUUCUAUUUCUAUGGUUAGUUCCCCUCUCACACUAUAAAUCAUUGUGUUCCAGAUGAACGUCGAGGGCCCUGCCUGCUCCAACUGUAAGCAGGGAACCUUUCACAUCAGCACAGACAACAAAGAUGGCUGCCUGUCCUGCUUCUGCAUGGGCGUCACACAGCAGUGCUCCAGCUCCUCCAACUACAGAGACCAGGUACCCAGGCAACAAGAACUAGGAAACUACUACCUUAAUAAAAUAAAUGAGUAAAGUAUUUUUUUGUGUAAUUGAUUUGUAUAUACUGUACACUGAACUUGAGCUGAAAUAAAAGAUCACAGAAAUGUUCUAAAUGCACAAAAAGCUUAUUUCUCUCAAAUGUUGUGCUCAAAUUUGUUUACAUCCCUGUUAGUGAGCAUUUCUCCUUUGCCAAGAUAAUCCAUACACCUGACAGGUGUGGCAUAUCAAGAAGCUGAUUAAAUAGCAUGAUCAUUACACAGGUGCCCCUUGUGCUGGGGACAAUAAAAGGCCACUCUAAAAUGUGCAGUUUUGUCACACAACACAAUGCCACAGAUGUCUCAAGUUUUGAGGGAGCGUGCAAUUGGCAUGCUGACUGCAGGAAUGUCCACCAGAGCUGUUGCCAGAGAAUUUAAUGUUAAUUUCUCUACCAUAAGCCGCCUUUAACGUCGUUUUAGAGAAUUUGGCAGUACGUUCAACCGGCCUCACAACCGCAGACCACGUGUAUGGCGUUGUGUGGGCGAGCGGUUUGCUGAUGUCAACGUUGUGAACAGAGUGCCCCAUGGUGGCGGUGGGGUUAUGGUAUGGGCAGGCAGGCAGGCAUAAGCUACGGACAAUGAACACAAUUGCAUUUUAUCGAUAGCAAUUUGAAUGCACAGAAAUACUGUGAUGAGAUCCUGAGGCCCAUUGUGAGGCCCAUUUUUUAACGGUAUCUGUGACCAACAGAUGCCUAUCUGUAUUCGCUGUCAUGUGAAAUCCCUAGAUUAGGGCCUAAUUUAUUUAUUUCAAUUGACUGAUUUCUUCAUAUGAACUGUAACUCAGUAAAAUCUUUGAAAUAGUUGCAUGUUGCAUUUAUAUUUUUGUUCAGUAUAGAUAUGUAUAGUGUAAUUGUUGUUUAUUGAUGUGAUCUGCGAAAGAGACCGUGGUCUCAGCAUGACUCCCGGCUUAAAUAAAGGUUAAAUUAAAAAAUAUAUAUGAAGAUAGCACUUUGAGUGUAGGCUGGCCCUGGUCCCAGAUUAUUUUGAGUUUGACAUGACAAUGACCAAUACAAGAAUUGGCAAUUCAACACACAAACCGAUACUUACAGCUACUUUGAGAGCACUCCAAUUGCCAAUAAAGCUCUUCUGAACUGAAUUAAACGAUUCCAUUUUCUGAAGCUUUUCCUGUCUCUCUGAGUGAGACUGGUUGAUCAUUCCUUCCUCUGUGUCCUGCAGGUGUCGUCCAUCUUUGUCCCUGGCAACUUCCAGGGCUUUGCUUUGGUCAACCGGCAGCGCACCAACCGUAUCUCCACCGGCUUCACCGUGGAAGUAUCCACCGAUGGCACACAGCUCUCCUAUAGCAACUUUGACUACCUGGGCCAGGAGCCCCACUACUGGCAGCUGCCUGGGGUCUACCAGGGGGACAAGGUGAGUCACAGAUGAUGAUCUGGCCAACUGGCCAGCAGAGACUUUCCAUACUCCUGUGGACCUCAGCUCAAUCCCAGCUUCCUGGUGCUUUCUAUGAUGCAAAGCGGCUUCUUCUCGUGCUGAAAACCUUUACAUUCCUGCUUCUCUGGCACCUAAAUGCUCAAUGUUCUCUCUCAAAUUCUUCUUAAUUAAGUAGCCUGACUUUCUGAGUAAGAGCUGAUCUUCUCUUGCUGUGAAAUGGGUUUGCUAAAUGAGUUAUAAUAGAGAACACUGAGUGUGAAUGUCCUCGUAGUGGCAAAUGUGGAGGCAGAGUUUGGUUGUAUACUCCAUGAAUUCACAAUUUAUUACUAGGGUUAGAACCUCACCAGAAAGCCUUAGCAGUCUCUGAGAUAGUACACAGUACUUUGUUUGUUGAUGCAUAUUCUUUUAGACACCAUCACAUGAUUACAUUUUCAUUGGUCUUGAUGAGAUUAUGGUUAUUUAAGCAUCAACAAAGUGUUUAAUUGCUUUUUCAUUUCUUGGUUUGCCUGUCAACUCUAUAGAAGGAAGCUUUCUUUGCUCGUAUGAGACGAGCACACCAGGUAAACCAGAGUGGUACUUGUCGUGUGGUGAUGAUUGAGCAUACAGUAUCAUACUUAUUGUGAACAAUUGAUGACUAAAAUGUACACUUGUAAUUCAAACAAAGGAUAGGUGUGAUUUGGCAUUUGAUCGUACUGAUUGGUGUCCAGUAUUUUGAUAAAUGUUUCAUACAUAAACCAUAACAAUUUUUCUUGAAUGUAGGUUUUUGUGUUUGAGAUGCAUGGAUUGCCUGCAUAGUUUUCCAAUGGCCUCUAAUUUGUCCUAGUUUUAGUGCAGUUGUAGCAGCAAUCAACAUCCAGUACUUGCUCUAUUUUCACACAAUAUUAGUAAUAUUUUAGCUUCAUAUCAAAUCAAAUGUUAUUGGUCGCAUACACAUGUUUAGCAGAUGUUAUUGUGGGUGUAGCGAAAUGCUUGUGUUCCUAGCUCCAACAGUGCAGUAAUAUCUAACAAUACACACAAAUCUAAAAGUAAAAGAAUGGAAUUUAAAAAAAUUCCAAUGGCACAUUGUGUUUGCUAAUCCAUGUUUAUCAUUUUAAAAGGCUAAUUGAUCAUUAGAAAACACUUUUCCAAUUAUGUCAGCAGAGCUGAAAACUGUCUCAACUUCAGCAGUGAAGAGGCGACUCCGGGAUGCUGACCUUCUAGGCAGAGUUGCAAAGAAAAAGCCAUAUCUCAGACUGCCCAUAUCAAUAUUCUAUGGCUUUUUCUUUGCAACUCUGCCUAGAAAGUCAGCAUCCCGGAGUCGCCUCUUCACUGUUGACGUUGAGACUGGUGUUUUGCGGGUACUAUUUAAUGAAGCUGCCAGUUGAGGACCUGUGAGCUGUCUGUUUCUCAAACUAGACACUAAUGUAUUUGUCCUCUUGCUCAGUUGUGCACUGGGCAAUCCCACUCCUCUUUCUAUUCUGGUUAGAGUCAGUUUGCGCUGUUCUGUGAAGGGAGUACUACACAGCGUUGUACGAGAUCUUCAGUUUCUUGGCAAUUUCUCACAUGGAAUAGCCUUCAUUUCUCAGAACAAUAAUAGACUGACGAGUGUCAGAAGAAAGUUAUUUGUUUCUGGCCAUUUUGAGCCUGUAAUCGAACCCACAAUUGCUGAUGCUCCAGAUACUCAACUAGUCUCAAGAAGGCCAGUUUUAUUGCUUCUUUAAUCAGCACAACAGUUUUCAGCUGUGCUAACAUAAUUGCAAAAGGGUUUUCUAAUGAUCAAUUAUCCUUUUAAAAUGAUAAACUUGGAUUAGCAAACACAACGUGCCAUUGGAACACAGGACUGAUGGUUGCUGAUAAUGGGCCUCUGUACGCCUAUGUAGAUAUUCCAUUAACAAUCAGACGUUUCCAGCUACAAUAGCAAUUUACAACAUUAACAAUGUCUACACUGUAUUUCUGAUCAAUUUGAUGUUAUUUUAAUGGAGAAAAAAAAUGAUUUUCUUUCGAAAACAAGGACAUUUCUAAGUGACCCCAAACUUUUGAACGGUAGUGUGUAUAUAUAUACAUUUGAAGUCAGAAGUUUACAUACACCUUAGCCAAAUACAUUUAAACUCAGUUUUUCAUAAUUCCUGACAUUUAAUCUAGUAAAAAUUCCCUGUCUUAGGUCAGUUAGGAUCACCACUUUAUUUUAAGAAUGUGAAAUGUCAGAAUAAUAGUAGAGAGAAUGAUUUAUUUAAGCUUUUAUUUCUUUCAUCACAUUCCCAGUGGGUCAGAAGUUUACAGACACUCAAUUAGUAUUUGGUAGCAUUGCCAUUAAAUUGUUUAACUUGGGUCAAACGUUUCGGGUAGCCUUCCACAAGCUUCCCACAAUAAGUUGGGUGAAUUUUGGCCCAUUCUUCCUGACAGAGCUGGUGUAACUGAGUCAGGUUUGUAGGCCUCCUUGCUCGCACACGCUUUUUCAGUUCUGCCCAUUUGUGAUGGCCACUCCAAUACCUUGACUUUGUUGUCCUUAAGCCAUUUUUCCACAACUUUGGAAGUAUGCUUGCGGUCAUUGUCCAUUUGGAAGACCCAUUUGCGACCAAGCUUUAACUUCCUGACUGAUGUCUUGAGAUGUUGCUUCAAUAUAUCCACAUAAUUUUCCUUCCUCAUGAUGCCAUAUAUUUUGUGAAGUGCACUGUGAAGUGCACUUCCUGCAGCAAAGCACCCCCACAGCAUGAUGCUGCCACCCCCGUGCUUCACGGUUGGGAUGGUGUUCUUUGGCUUGCAAGCCCCCCUUUUUCAUCCAAACAUAAUGAUGGUCAUUAUGGCCAAACAGUUCUAUUUUUUUUAUUGUUUGAUCUUUGUCCCCAUGUGCAGUUGCAAACCGUAGUCUGGCUAUUUUAUGGCGAUUUUGGAGCAGUGGCUUCUUCCUUGCUGAGCGGCCUUUCAGGUUAUGUCGAUAUAGGACUCGUUUUACUGUGGAUAUAGAUACUUUUGUACCUCUUUGUUCCAGCAUCUUCACAAGGUCCUUUGCUGUUGUUCUGGGAUUGAUUUGCACUUUUCGCACAAAAAUAUUUUCCUCUCUAGGAGACACAACGCGUCUUCUUCCUGAGCGGUAUGACGGCUGCGUGGUCCCAUGGUGUUUAUACUUGCAUACUAUUGUUUGUACAGAUGAACGUGGUACCUUCAGGUGUUUGGAAAUUGCUCCCAAGGAUGAACCAGACUUGUGGAGGUCUACAACCUUUUUUCUGAGGUCUUGGCUGAUUUCUUUUGAUUUUCCCAUGAUGUUCAAGCUUAGAGGCACUGAGUUUGAAGGUAGGCCUUGAAAUACAUCCACAGGUACACCUCCAAUUGACUCAGAUGAUGUCAAUUAGCCUAUCAGAAGCUUCUAAAGCCAUGACAUCAUUUUCUGGAAUUUUCCAAGCUGUUUAAAGGCACAGUCAACUUAGUGUAUGUAAACUUCUGACCCACUGGAAUUGUGAUACAGUGAAUUAUAAGUGAAAUAAUCUGUCUGUAAACAAUUGUUGGAAAUAAAUACUUGUGUCAUGCACAAAGUUGAUGUCCUAACCGACUUGCCAAAACUAUAGUUGGUUAACAAGAACAAGACAUUUGUGGAGUGGUUGAAAAACAAGUUUUAAUAAACUUCUGAUUUCAACUGUAUAUUAACACUACCAGUCAAAAGUUUGGACACACCUACUCAUUCAAGGGUUUUUCUUAAUUUUUACUAUUUUUUACAUUGUAGAAUAAUAGUAAAGACAUCAAAACUAUGAAAUAACACAUAUGGAAUCAUGUAGUAACCAAAAAAAAAGUGUUAAACAAAUCAAAAUAUAGUUUAUAUUUGAGAUUCUUCAAAUAGCCACCCUUUGCCUUGAUGACAGCUUUGCACACUCUUGGCAUUCUCUCAACCAGCUUCAUGAGGUUGUCGCCUGGAAUGCAUUUCAAUUAACAGGUGUGCCCACUUAAAAGUUCAUUUGUGGAAUUUCUUAAUGCAUUUGAGCCAAUCAGUUUUGUUGUGACAAGGUAGGGGGAUAUACAGAAGAGAGCCCUAUUUGGUAAAAGACCAAGUCCAUAUUAUGGGAAGAACAGCUCAAAUAAGCAAAGAGAAACGACAGUCCAUCAUUACUUUAGGACAUGAAGGUCAGUCAAUACGGAACAUUUCAAGAACUUUGAAAGUUUAUUGAAGUGCAGUCGCAAAAACCAUCAAGCGCUAUGAUGAAACUUACUCUCAUGAGGACUGCCACAGGAAUGGAAGACCCAGAGUUACCUCUGCUGCAGAGGAUAAGUUCAUGAGAGUUACCAGCCUCAGAAAUUGCAGCCCAGAUAAAUGCUUCACAGAGUUCAAGUAACAGACACAUCUCAACAUCAACUGUUCAGAGGAGACUGUGUGAAUCAGGCCUUCAUGGUGGAAUUGCUGCAAAAAAACCACUACUAAAGGACACCAAUAAGGAGAAGAGACUUGCUUGGGCCAAGAAACACGAGCAAUGGACAUUAGACCGGUGGAAAUGUGUCCUUUGGUCUGGAGUCCAAAUUGGAGAUUGUUGGUUCCAACCGCCGUGUCUUUGUGAGACGCGGUGUGGGUGAAUGGAUGAUCUCCGCAUGUGUAUUUCCCACCGUAAAGCAUGGAGGAGGAGGUGUUAUGGUGUGGGGGUGCUUUGCUGGUUACACUGUCUGUGAUUUAUUUAGAAUUCAAGGCACACUUAACCAGCAUGGCUACCACAGCAUUCUGCAGUGAUACGCCAUCCCAUCUGGUAUGGGCUUAGUGGGACUAUCAUUUGUUUUUCAACAGGACAAUGACCCAACACACCUCCAGGCUGUGUAAGGGCUAUUUUACCAUGAAUGAGAGUGAUGGAGUGCUGCAUCAGAUGACCUGGCCUCCACAAUCCCCCGACCUCAACCCAAUUGAGAUGGUUUGGUCUGCAUCGCAGUGCUAGCUGUGCCACUAGAGAUCCUGGUUCGAGUCCAGGCUCUGUCGCAGCCGGCCGCGACCGGGAGACCCAUGGGCGGCGCACAAUUGGUCCAGCGUCGUCCAAGAUAGGGGAGGGUUUGGCCGGCAGGGAUGUGGGUUCGUUUCCCACGGGGGGCCAGUAUAAAAAAACAUUUAAAAAAAACAUGUAUGCAUUCACUAACUGUAAGUCGCUCUGGAUAAGAGCAUCUGCUAAAUGACUAAAAUGUAAAAUGUAAUGAGUCGGACCGCAGAUUGAAGGAAAAGCAGCCAACAAGUCCUUAGCAUAUUUGGGAACUCCUUUAAGCUGGUUGAGAGAAUGCCAAGAGUGUGCAAAGCUGUCAUUAAGGCAAAGGGUGGCUACUUUGAAGAAUCUCAAAUAUAAAAUAUACACUGCUCAAAAAAAUAAAGGGAACACUUAAACAACACAAUGUAACUCCAAGUCAAUCACACUUCUGUGAAAUCAAACUGUCCACUUAGGAAGCAACACUGAUUGACAAUACAUUUCACAUGCUGUUGUGCAAAUGGAAUAGACAACAGGUGGAAAUUAUAGGCAAUUAGCAAGACACCCCCAAUAAAGAAGUGGUUCUGCAGGUGGGGACCACAGACCACUUCUCAAUUCCUAUGCUUCCUGGCUGAUGUUUUGGUCACUUUUGAAUGCUGGCGGUGCUUUCACUCUAGUGGUAGCAUGAGACGGAGUCUACAACCCACACAAGUGGCUUAGGUAGUGCAGCUCAUCCAGGAUGGCACAUCAAUGCGAGCUGUGGCAAGAAGGUUUGCUGUGUCUGUCAGCGUAGUGUCCAGAGCAUGGAGGCGCUACCAGGAGACAGGCCAGUACAUCAGGAGACGUGGAGGAGGCCGUAGGAGGGCAACAACCCAGCAGCAGGACCGCUACCUCCGCCUUUGUGCAAGGAGGAGCAGGAGGAGCACUGCCAGAGCCCUGCAAAAUGACCUCCAGCAGGCCACAAAUGUGCAUGUGUCUGCUCAAACGGUCAGAAACAGACUCCAUGAGGGUGGUAUGAGGGCCCAACGUCCACAGGUGGGGGUUGUGCUUACAGCCCAACACCGUGCAGGACGUUUGGCAUUUGCCAGAGAACACCAAGAUUGGCAAAUUCGCCACUGGCGCCCUGUGCUCUUCACAGAUGAAAGCAGAUUCACACUGAGCACAUGUGACAGACGUGACAGAGUCUGGAGACGCCGUGGAGAACGUUCUGCUGCCUGCAACAUCCUCCAGCAUGACCGGUUUGGCGGUGGGUCAGUCAUGGUGUGGGGUGACAUUUCUUUGGGGGGCCACACAGCCCUCCAUGUGCUCGCCAGAGGUAGCCUGACUGCCAUUAGGUACCGAGAUGAGAUCCUCAGACCCCUUGUGAGACCAUAUGCUGGUGCGGUUGGCCCUGGGUUCCUCCUAAUGCAAGACAAUGCUAGACCUCAUGUGGCUGGAGUGUGUCAGCACUUCCUGCAAGAGGAAGGCAUUGAUGCUAUGGACUGGCCCGCCCGUUCCCCAGACCUGAAUCCAAUUGAGCACAUCUGGGACAUCAUGUCUCGCUCCAUCCACCAACGCCACGUUGCACCACAGACUGUCCAGGAGUUGGCGGAUGCUUUAGUCCAGGUCUGGGAGGAGAUCCCUCAGGAGACCAUUCGCCACCUCAUCAGGAGCAUGCCCAGGCGUUGUAGGGAGGUCAUACAGGCACGUGGAGGCCACACACACUACUGAGCCUAAUUUUGACUUGUUUUAAGGACAUUACAUCAAAGUUGGAUCAGCCUGUAGUGUGGUUUUCCACUUUAAUUUUGAGGGUGACUCCAAAUCCAGACCUCCAUGGGUUGAUACAUUUGAUUUCCAUUGAUAAUUUUUGUGUGAUUUUGUUGUCAGCACAUUCAACUAUGUAAAGAAAAAAGUAUUUAAUAAGAUUAUUUCAUUCAUUCAGAUCUAGGAUGUGUUGUUUAAGUGUUCCCUUUAUUUUUUUGAGCAGUGUAUUUUGAUUUGUUUAACACUUUUUUGGUUACUACAUUAUUCCAUAUGUGUUAUUUCAUAGUUUUGAUGUCUUCACUAUUAUUCUACAAUGUAGAAAAUGAGUAGGUGUGUCCAAACCUUUGACUGGUAGUGUAUAUAUAUAUAUAUAAUAUACAGUAUACACUACAUGACCAAAAGUAUGUGGACACCUGCUUGUCGAACAUCUCAUCCCAAAAUCAUGGGCAUUAAUAUGGAGUUGACUGAAAUGCUUAUAAUAAUUGCAUAUGGGCGACAACAAUCGGUUUUCUGCACCCUAUGUAUUCUGAUAUGAGGAUAGUUUAAACAGUCUUACUUACCUGGAAUGACCUAAAGAUGAUGCUGCAAUAGUGCAAAUAAAUCUCUCUUCUGUAAUAGUUACUUCUUCAUGUGUUCAAAGUGGCUGUUUAUCGCAUCCUAAUAACGUUUCAAUGGUUCACCUCUCAAAAGCAUCUCAGUCUACUUCUCAGCGCGCCUGCUUUUAAAGCCCCACAGACAAAUCCGCUAGAAUAUUCCACCGGAUGUGACGAACCAAACUGUCCAUUCUUGGUCAUGCCACUGUAUUGAACAAACUUACAGUAUGUGUGAUGGGAUGUAUAGACAUUAUUGACAGUAUGUUGAUAGAAUAUGGUAGGUUACACGCUACACAAAAUUGCUUACUUAAAAUGCACUCUGUUUAAUAGACCAUUCACAUAGUGGAUGACUCAGAUAUACUUAACUGUACAGCAGUGAAUGAGUCAUAAGGAGCUUUGCAGACAUCCAUCUAUGAUUCAUUACUGUGACCAUAAACAGUAGUUAAGUUCUAAAACCCUUCCAUUAGUUCUAGUUCUAAAGUGUAAUGUUAAAGUCUUCCAUUAGUUCUAGUUCUAAAGUGUAAUGUUAAAGUCUUCCAUUAGUUCUAAAGUUCUAAAGUGUAAUGUUAAACUCUUCCAUUAGUUCUAGUUCUAAAGUGUAAUGUUAAAGUCUUCCAUUAGUUCUAGUUCUAAAGUGUAAUGUUAAAGUCUUCCAUUAGUUCUAGUUCUAAAGUGUAAUGUUAAAGUCUUCCAUUAGUUCUAGUUCUAAAGUCUUCCACUGGCUCCUCCAUGGGAAAGUAGAAAGUGAUCACAGGAGCCUUGCUUUGUUCACAAAACUAGAGAGACUCUCCCUGGAUAGAGGAGCAACUGAGGAAGGAUGCGUCCAUUUGGGUCUUAAUGAAGUCUUUGAAGGGUAAUGGCACCUCCAGGUCCAAAAGAGCUAGCCAGGUAUUCCUACUGUAGUCUAGCCACUCACUGUUACAUCCAUACAGCACGUCUACUGACAACAAUAGAAACCAACCAUCCCCCUCACACAGUGUGACCUCCUUCCCCUAAUAUGGAUUGCCUUUUGGGAUGUCAUUUUCCAUGACAUUACUGAAAGAUAAUACCAACACCCUUAGAUAUGUGACUGAACAUUUACGGUAGCAUGGUAGAUAUAAGCAUGAAUGCAACUGCAGCACAUUGACAGUAAAUGUACCAGAUGCAUGUCGUAAAAAGGCAUGUGUGUAUUGCAAACAGACCUCAAUGAGCAUGUGAGGAAUGUGAAGAGAAGAUAGCCAUGUUGUGUCUAAUUGCAGACAUGUGUGGAUGAUUUUGUAUGUUUUGCGUAAAAGACAUCCCUGUUUUAGGAUUGUAGAAACUAGAAAGUUGACCGGCCCCAGUCAGUGAAGUUGUGUACACACCACAGGGGUGUAGCCCUGGUAAGAGCAGGACAGCAUGUCUCCUUACCUACUCCCAAAGAGCCCAGUGCUUGGUGUGUCUCUUACCUUACAUGAUGGGAGGUCUUCUUUUGGAACCCCCCUGAGCCCUGUUCUCCUGACUGGUCCUUUGGUUACUAGAUCUGCUGCCCCCCUAUCCUCUCCCCCAGGAACAAGUGAAGAAGCUGGAUGAUGAGAUCUGGGAAAUGAUCUCCAACUUUGGCGACAAAGGCUCUCCUCCCUUCCCUCCCUCCUCCUCCUCUUCCUCCUCUUCCUCUGAGAGGAAGAUCCCCAGCCACUCCUAUCGUGCUGGGUCUCGUACCCACCUGAGGCCCCACUAUCCCUCUUCAUCCCCCUCUGGUAUCUCCUCCCUGGUACGGCCUACUAGGCCUCAGCCAGCCUCCCCCGGCCCCUCCCCUCGACUCCAGGUACAUAUAAAAUAACCCCUCGGAGAAACCCUCAAACAUUCAAACUUAUUUAGCUCAUCCAUAUGUGUUAUUGUGGUCGUUGCUGACUGGUUUACUCUCUGUUUGGGCCUGGUCCUGUUGACAGACUAAACCGCGUGGGACGAAGAACAUAGUGGGUCCUCCUAGUGCUCCCAGUGGCCCCAGACCUGCUGGGGUCUCCAGCCUGGUAGACAUGACAGUGACAGCCUGACUGACUAACUGAUGACUGGCUGACUAAAUGACUGACUAACUGGCUGGCUGGCCGGUCGGCUAGCUGACUGGCUGAUGGACAGGCGAAUGGCUGACUGACUGACUGUGUGAUGAUUGACUGACUGACUGACUGUCUGACUGACUGACUGAUAGACUGACUGUCUGACUGACUGAACGCAUGUCCCUGCCCUUGGCACACACAGAGGAAACUGCCACCUUCCAUGCGAUAACAUAAUUCAUAUUUCACAGGGUUAUCCUGUACAGUUCACCAUAGUAUUGGCAAAGUAUUAGCUGCCUGAGUCUAUUUCAAAAGAACAAGAAAGAGAAGAUUGGGCUGAAAAGGGCAGUGUGUGUGUAAAUUCCAUGGCUAACUAGGGAGGCAUUUUCCUCUGGAAAGCACCGAGUGCCCACUAAUUGCUGUUAAAGUCGUACUCUGUAAUUGUCCACUUAAAGAGUAGUACUGGAUCUGUAAUUAUAUUCACCCGUCACACAGUCACCUUAACAAGCUGUGAUAUUCCCAUUACACACACUGGAAUCUGUUGUUCUAGUUGCCAGUCAAUGCAUGGUGUGAGUCUCACUUUGUCACCAAGUACUAGUUAAGUAGUAGAGGACCAAAAUGUAAACCCUUUCUCUAAAGGUCUGCUCUACUUAACUCUGUCAUGCUUGCCUGCUUGUGAUGCCUUUAUCUCUCUCCUUGCUUAUCUUUUGAUCUCUGUCUCUGGCUUACUCUCUCAUGCCUCUCCUUCCUGCUCUGCCCCAGUACGCUUUGGUCUACAAAGGUUUCAGCUUGCACCCGGAUGACACCCUCUACUGGCAGCUCCCAGAUCAGUUCAAAGGGGAUAAGGUAACAGUACGAGCCAGACCCAGCCCUCCUGCACCCUGCCUGGGUUUUUGCCCCUCCGGUUAACUCCAGGGCCACAGACAGAACCACCCCACCCCUCCAACUGAACCUUCAGAGCAGGGCUGGGGAAGGAAAGGGCAGCACCACCUGACAACCCUGUGGAGUUUGGAGUUCCUGUUUAUAUAAUCACUUCUAUAUGUGGUGGGAGGUCAGGCACGACUCAUUUGGUGUUGGAAACGAUUCAUGUCUAAAAGAAAUAGAAAGACAGAUUGGGAUAUGAAAUCUCUCUGUAAUAGAUGUAAUCAUAGAUUCACUCGUUUACCUCUUCCUGAAACAUUGUAAUGUUAUAGGCCUAUAGUCAUAUUUGUUUGAAUGUCUCGAUGUAACGCUCAAAGGCUCACCAACAAAGUUAGAUGUAGUAUGCAGCCUAAUUUCUUUACCUUUACCCAUGUUAUAGGUGAGCUCCUACGGCGGUAAGCUGAAGUACACCAUCUCCUACGUAGCAGGACCUAGAGGAACAGCCAUCGAAGACGCUGACGUUCAGAUUAUUGUAAGUAGCUAAUGCACCAAAGUUACCAACUUAAUUCAUUCACUUUCAUGUUCUAUUGCUGCAUCCAUACAUCCCACAAGUUAUGAACUGAAAUCACUUCCAUGUAUUGUGGUUGCAUCCAUUCACCUGUCAUUGAUUGGUUCUCCUUGUCAUUGUUUCCCACAGGGAAAUGACAUCACGCUGGUGGCUCGCCAGCCAUGGCAGAGGGGACAGGGGACAAGAGAGUCCCGCCAGUUUGAGGUUGUCUUCAGAGAGGUCAGUGUUCUACAGUAGUACAGAUUACCUACAUUUUAUCAAUUCAAUUCAAUAGAACUUUAUUGUCCCCAACUAUCAAUUUGAUUGCAGCCUUUACCAUCCAUUCCUCAUUGACACAGGUCACCCUAGUAUCCUAGUAAUAGCAUAGUAUUAACCUAACUCUGCUCUCUCUCUCCUGUAGGAAAACUGGCGUCGUCCAGAUGGCAUGCCUGCCACUCGGGAACACCUGAUGAUGGUGCUGGCUGACCUGGAUGACAUCCUGGUGCGGGCCUCCUACUACACAGAGAUGAGGUCCUCCAGCAUCUCCGAGGUCAGCAUGGAGGUGGCCGUGCCCAACUACAGUGGCCUGGCUCAGGCUCUAGAGGUGGAGCAGUGCCGCUGCCCGCCUGCCUACCAGGGACUCUCCUGUCAGGUAAGAGGAUCUCUAUCUAUCUCUCUCUCUCUCUCUGCCACAGGUGGCAAUAUUGACAAAUUAACCUCAAUCUUAUGUUUAUGUACAUUUGAAAACUCAACAUAAUUAUUUUUUACUCCCGGAGAAAGCAUGUUCAAAGGAGGACCAGGCUCUGUGUCCGGGAAACCCGCCCUUAGCGUGUCAAGUCCAUGUGAUGAUGUGUGAUGAAAGUUGUACCUCCUCUCCCCCAGGACUGUGCUCCUGGCUACACCCGAACCGGAGGUGGCCUGUACCUGGGCCACUGUGAGCUGUGUGAGUGCAACGGGCACUCUGACUCCUGCCACCCAGAGACUGGCAUCUGUACGGUAUGCAGCCCGGAGAAUCUCUUUAAGGCAGUUGUUUUCAUUCAAUUUUCACUUCAUUGAUUUAAACUUAAUUUAUCUAGGUUAGUCUCGUUGAGAUCAAAUUUAUUUUUAGAGGGCCUGGUAGAAGAUAACGGUUGUUUUGAAAUCAGUACAUUGAAUAAGAUCUGAGUGUCUGCCCCCAGAGCUGCCUCCACAACACCCAGGGAGCGCUGUGUGAGCAGUGUGCCCCGGGCUUCUUUGGGGACCCCACCGCUGGAACCCCAGAGGACUGCCAGCCCUGUGCCUGCCCCCACACAGACCCUGACAACCAGUGAGUAGGCUACGUACAUUACAACAGAGAGCUGUUACGCACAUAGAUGCGUGCAUAAAUGCUCGCACUAACACUCACACUGACUUUUGUCUUGUGUUGCAUUUUAAAUGAUCUCAUUCAUAUCUCUUACCUCUCAUAUCUUUUUGGCUAUGCCCUCCACCGAUACUUGGAACAGAUCCAAGUUGAUAUUAUAAUUAAGCAAUAAGGUCCAAGGGGGUGUGGUAUAUGGCUGUUCUUAUGCACGACGCAAUGUGCAGUGGUAUAUUGGCCAUAUACCACAAACCCCCAAGGUGCCUUAUUGCUAUUACCAACAUAAUUAGAAGAGUAAAAAUAACUGUUUUGUCAUACCAGUGGUAUACGGUCUGAUAUACCACGGCUGUCAGCCAAUCAGCAUUCAGGGCUCGAACCACCCAGUUUAUAAUGCUGAAUUAAGUAUACUGUACUUCAUCUUUCUUCUCUGUGUGUUUUCCAGGUUCUCCCCUAUCUGUGAGAGCCUGGGUAACGGUGGUUAUCAGUGCACUGCCUGCCAGCCUGGAUACACUGGCCAGUACUGUGAACGGUAAGCUGACACAACUCUACUUUAACUCUCUAUUCUAGCCUGGUCCCAGAUCUGUUUGUGCUGUCCUGUUGACUCCUGUGGCCAUUGUCAUGCUAAGUGAUCAUAGGAGUUGGCCAUACAGCAGAGACAGAGCUAGGACCAGGCUACUCUAUUCAGACUAACUUUUCAAUGUUCUCUCUGUGGCAUUCCACCAUUGUCUGUCAGUCUGUCAUCACAUUGACUCGUUAUGAUCCUCGGUUUUACUCCACAGCUGUGCACCUGGAUAUGUUGGAAAUCCACAGGACAGGAUUAAGUGUCGUCCAUUCAACAGUAAGUGAAUGCAGUCAGCAAAAGAGCUGCACAGAAAUGUAUUUUCCCCAUACUUGGCCAGGUCUCCCUUGGGAAAGAGGUAUUCUGGACCCAAUGGGACUACCUAGUAAAAUAAUAAAUAAAAUACUCUACUCUACUGUAACAGUAAGAGUGUAUCUCUGUGAUCAUUGCCAACUAACCUUUGACCCUUAACCUCUGACACAGCAGUGGCAGCCUCUCUGGUGGUGAAGGUAUACCCUGAGAGGGUGUUGGUGGCCCAGGGCAGCCCUGUGACCCUGCGGUGCCAGGUGACCGGCUCUCCUCCCCACUACUACUACUGGUCCAGGGAGGACGGACGUCCCAUCACCAACAGCGCCGACAGACGCAGACAAGGUAAAGUAUACUGGACAGAUCAGGUCUGGGUAGUGGAGUGUUUGACAUGGCAAUACAUACACUCAUGUAGUCUUAUAUAGCUGUACCUACAGUAUAUACUCCUCAGUAAAGACCUUAUACUGGUGAAACAUCCAGUACUAACUGUAGGAGAGAGCCUAUUGAGGUACGAGUCCAUUCCCCAUGUUAACGUAAGGUAAUUCUAUAUUCCUACCUGUUCUUUCAGGAGAGGAGCUGCAUAUCCCCAGUGUUCAGCCCAGUGACGCAGGCAUCUACGUCUGUACCUGCAGAGACCAACGCAACACCAACAGGAGCCGCGCUGAGAUCGUCGUCAGAAGUACUACUUGUUAAAUCAUUUACAUUUUACUGAAUGUUGCAUUUCCAAUACUUUUGUGAUUAAUUUUUCAGUGAUCUUAGUCAGUUGUUGAGUAGUUAAACUGGCUUGAACUUUUAAGCUUUUUUGGGACGUUUUGGCUCCAGCUAAAUAUGGUUGAAGCUGAGAUACAGUAAGUAAUACAUUUUUUGGCUUUUGAAUGUUUACCGAAUGGUUUCUGUCCCUUUCUCCAGCUGUCUUAUCCAAACCCAUUGAAGUGACCAUCGAGGAGCCCAAAGCACAGAGUGUCACAGUUGGAGCAGCAGUCAGCUUCAUCUGCACAGCCAAGAGCAAGGUAGGACUAGCUUCCAACAUGGAGACAUUAACACAAUCAAUUCUGUUUAUUUGUAUAUAUCUUGGAUGGUUGGCAUUGUGCUUAAUACAUUUGCCCAUGAGAGAAAAUGGUAGAAAACCUUUCAAACUGUUUAGUAUAUUAUUACACAAUUGUCCCCCUUGUAUUGGCCCCUCUGUUGCAUUGCUUUCUCUCUUACUUGUGUUUACUUCAUAUCUUGUACCCAUCUGUCCCCUCCCCUCCCAGUCUCCAGCCUACACCCUGGUGUGGACCCGGCAGGGUAACGGCAAGCUGCCCAACAGAGCCAUGGACUUCAAUGGCAUCCUGACCAUCCAGAACGUCCAGCCUGAGGACGCUGGCAUCUACGUGUGUACAGGCUCUAACAUGUUUGCCAUGGACGAGGGCACUGCCGUCCUCUACGUGCCAGGUUCGUGAUCCCAGACAGGCGCCAUCAUACUGUUAGCCAUCAGCCUCUAUAUACCACCCUACAAGCUCUAUUCCUUUCCUCAGCCCUUCCUCGAAUGGGGCAUGCCCCUGCUUGCUUUGGCUUUGCCUCCGUCCCCCUAUAUCAUGCACUGCUUUAAAUGUGUUUAUCUGUCCGCACCCUAGCUUCUGGCAAACAGCAUAACCCUGUCACUCCGACUCCCAACUCUCACUUUCUAAACUCAGACAACCUCUCUCAUGUCAAACCCUUCAAAUCUCUCUCUACGCUACCUUUUUCUGAUGUUGGUGUCUCUGUCUUUCUAACAAUGAUUUGACCUUCUUACUCUGUAUAAAAUCUUUAUGGUUCCAGGGGCAAUAUACAGCUUGUGGAUAUUAUAAUUAUUUUAUAAUACAAAAUAAUGAAAAGGUCCAUAAUUGUAAGAUAUGUGUAUGGUUUGUCCAAGAAAUCAUAGCAUACAGUAGUCCUCAAUGCUACCAAAGCCCAAAGAUAUCUCCCACUGAAGAGUUUCAAGUAGAUUUAGUUACUAUGCACUGUCACCACCCCCAAUGGAUUUACCAAAGAAGGUUGUUUUGCCCAGUGGAAUACAGUUUAUUCAUUUUCAAGUUGCUUCUUGGUUUAAUACUCAGUGAUGACUGAUCAAUCCUUUGAAUUGGGUCUCUGUUGCCAUCAGUGAUAUCUCCGCUCUGAUCUCUAGCUGUUGCUGUCAUAAGAGGGGUUCAUGUAAUCAGUGGUGGUAGUGGUAGUGGUGGUGGUCUGGUAACUUUUCAAUCACUUGAACACUAGUUUCUGCCACUGCAGAUUUCCUUACUAGCAGGGUGUUGGUUAUUUGGUAUCUUUCCUGAAGUCUGCAACCCUGGCUGGGACUGGUGGUGGUUUCUCCUUGAGCUGUAGUGGUUGAUGAGGUACAUGGAUGACAAAAUGGGUGAUUAGUGACUGACUGGGAGGGACCGACAUUCAAAAAGGACUUCAGUCUAUCACCACCGGGACAUAAAUGUACUUUACAGUAUAGUAAAAGGACUGUACUGAGUCUACUUACCCCAUCACGAUCCCUAUCGUCACACAGGAACAGAAGCAAUCACACUCUGUUUAAAAACCAGAUCCUUUGUUACUUUCCUGAUUGUUUUGAUGAAUGUUAAUGUUGACAAUGGUGCUAUCAGCCUUGUAGCAGGUGAAGAUACCUGUGGUUGAACUUUAAACUUUAGGUUAGUAGUAUAUCUAUCUAUGGCUGCUUUUAUUGUCUGUUAUCUGGAUCUGAGUAGUAAGAGGGUUCAAGGCAUUGCAUUGCCAAUAGUAAGUAAGGCGUCUUGUUUUGCAUCGUACUAUCCAGUAAGUGUUAAUUAGACUAAAAGAAAAUGUGUUGAAGAUUUGACUUGAAAUUUGAAAGAUCAUUGAAACUAGUUUGAUUUCAAUGCUUUCACAAAUCAACUUGCGUAUGUCACACGUGUUGCAUAGAUUUUUUAUUGCAGUUCAACAUUUUCAUAUUUUUUAAAUCAAGGGCAAAUCAUAUUUUUUCAUUGAUUCACUUUUUUAAACCUAAAUGUUAUCCAAACAUAGUAUAUUUUGACUGUACUAUCAAAUUGGAUAAAAGUUAACUAACGACUACAUACCUUGAUUUAUAUAGUGAUAUAUUAGUUAGAUAGUAAUUGAUUUUAGAGAAUAGGCAGUACUCAUGCAUUUACUUACAUGAUAAAAGCAUGGUUUACAAUUAUUUUGAGAACAAGAUCAAAAGUUUAUAAUAAUUUUCAAUGUUUUGUCAGUGCAUUUUUAUGUUUUAAAUGUUUCUCGUCAAACAUUGUUUAAAUAUAUUUUGUUGUUGUUGAUAUACAGUAUCUUAUUAAGAGAAAAAAAGAGAGAUUCGGUGGCUGAAAUAUGCCUAUUCAAAUCUCACUGGUGUGCCGAUAGAGACAGAAGACGCAAUCCACACACAGUUUGAGAUGCCUCAGCAUGCUACUAUGUUAUUUCAGUUUGAACUUUUCAUUUCAACUUUUAUAACUAUUAUUUUACACUGUAUUUAAAUAAUCUAGAUAUCCAAAGGUGCUGUUUCAAAUACAUUCUAUUGUACACUAUACUAUGUACUGAUUUGAUUUCUUUUUAAUGCCUAACUGAUGUAACAUACAAAUAUCACAAUGUAUUUUAUUUAUCUUAACUGUGAAAAUGUUUGAGAAAAAUAUAAAUUUUAUUAAAGUAAUGAUAUAGACCAAAGAUAUGACACAGAGUCAUGCAGAGUGAGACUUCAAUGGAACAGAAUAUAUUACCACCCUCAGGGUACAAGGCACCAGACCUUCGUAUGGAAUUACUUUUGGAUGUAUUGUAAAUCAACUAAUUGUAAGGUGCCGAUGUAAUGGCAUUAAUGACUAUCAGACCCUUCUUCACUAUGGCCUACUUGUCAAGGAUAAGCCAACCCACCAUUGUUUAAACCACAAGCUGUAUAUGGUUGAAAACAUAAAGAGAACCAUUAUUGAGAACCAUUCUAAACACAAAUCGAAUGGUUCAAUCAAUGGAAGUAAAGUUUUUACAACUAAUUUAGUUUGUAUAACGACUAACAUGCAUGUUUUGUGUGUGGCUCUCAGUUCUCUUUGUGCUUGUUUGUAAUCAGUCCGACCAUACCGUUUUCAUUGUUGUGUUCUUGUCUCAUUGUGUUCUGUGCAUGUUUGUGAAGUAGAACUAGUUGACUUUAAAUCCACAGGUUCUCUCACUGAGUAGACACAUUCACUGUUACACCAGCAAAUGACCAUAGUUCAUAUCAGUAAUACGUUUUAUACAGCAAAGCAAACAUUUCAACACAGCACUGUAUGUUGUAUGAACACAAUGACACAAUCUCCAAGGUGAUAUGCCCUCUAUCUUAACCAAUAUCCACAGAACCAUGUCCCAGAAAUCACACAAUUACUAACAUUGUAUCCAAGGGUAAGUAUGUAAUGAUUGUGAAUAUAUAAAACUAUGAAUGCAAUAGCACCAUCUCUGACCAUCAUAAAAAAGACACCUCUUACUCUUUAGUCUGCAUGGGAUGUAAUGUCUGAAUCAGAGGACCUCAAUGUUGCAUGCCUCUAAAUCCCAGAAAAUUGACAGAUCUCUUUGAAGACAUGGGCUAGUGUUCCCAAUACCCCAAUUAUAUUUCCUUAUUUGGCUUUAGAUCUGAAUUGGAGAAACAAUUUGAAUACUUUGAAUACAUGAUGUGAAAGGUGGUGCCUAUUGCGUUCAAGUUAUGUUAUGUUCCUUGCCGAUCAUUCUGCUGUUGUAUUGUUGUGUCUUGUGCAUUUUGGAAAAUCACUGGCACAAGAAACACCAGGCAGUACUUGGAUGGACCACAGCAUUCUGAGUACUGAUUGAGCCACAGGCUCAGUGGGAGGAGCAUUGGAUGAUGAUUCCAAUGCCAGUGUUCCAUCGUUGCCCUGGAGACUCACAUGUCAGUUUGCCUGUCAUGUCCCUCCCUCCUCCUUUCCCCAUUUCCAGAGGCCUCACAGACUCAGAUGUUUUACACAGCCUAUGAAAUGUUUGAAGGACAUGGAAAGCGUAAGUGGGCAUGGCAUGGCCACACCUCUCCACCACACCUCCACCUCAUCCCUGGAGGGCUCCUCCCUCUCUCUGUCACGCAUGCAUUCAUCUACCUCUGCCUUCAGCAUGGAUAUGGUGGUCUGGUAAUGCCCAUAUACAAUCAACCAUAGGGAUUACAUACAGUUUACACUUCACAUAAGGUUGUAGGGUUAUACGCUUCACUGGACUAUCAAUGUAAUAGAAUGAAUCUGCAAAGUUAUUCAUUCAAAUAUAAAGGUGCAAGUCUUAUUGCUUGCUCUGCAUUUCGUCUCCUCAAACAUACAGAAUAUGAAACUGUCCUCUUGAUAACAUAUGAUAAUAUGUUGACAUACAGUAUCAUGAUCAUAUAUGUUCAUAAUACUCUUGACACCAUAUAGACUUUAGUUAUGAUAGUACAGAAUAGAUUGUACAUGUGCAUUACUAGGUCUUGCCUGGCUCAUCUGGCUACUAUGGUAUGGGUCCAUUGGUGCAGGUGCAUGCUCAUUCAUGUGGGAAGCUCCUCUCGAAUGUUGAGUCCAGUUAUCAACUUUAGUUUUCACCCAUUAAGUCCCUCAUGCACUUCAUCUCAGGUCCCCUCAGGUUUUCCAUCUGCACAAAACAUUCACACUCACUUUUUUAACACCCCACUAGUAUACGACAACAACUAAUGCACAUUUUAUUACAGUCAUCUGACCGAUAUCAGAUCUCCAUCUUUAUCUUAUAACCUCAAGUAUCUGAUGCAUUUAGAGAGAAAUGUACAUACUCAAUAAGACAUUCUAGAAUAUUCUUAUAACCUCAAGUAUCUGAUGCAUUUAGAGAGAAAUGUACAUUCUCAAUAAGACAUUCUAGAAUGUUCUUAUAACCUCAAGUAUCUGAUGCAUUGAGAGAGAAAUGUACAUACUCAAUAAGACAUUAUAGAAUGUUCUUAUUUCCCUCAUUCUAUCUAGACUUGAGUACUUAGCUUGUUCUCUUCCAAUCAGCACUCAACACAGAGGAGACACCACUCACACUUUCCCCAUCUGCAUUCCGCUUGACGGUCCCACACAGGGACACACACUGUUCUGGAAUAGCUGUCAUAUUGUGCUUCAAACAUCAUGCUGUGCCUAAUACACCACAUCACGAUCAUGGCUGUUAGCUCACUGGAGCCCAGGGGGAGAACUAUCUGCCAUUCCUCUCAUCGUGCUCACCUCCCCCUGGACAGAUAUCAUCCUUCAACCGUCUGACACACUGAAUGUUUCAAUAAGAUAUACUGUAUACUUAAUGGCCUGUCGUAACCUCACCACCCACUUACUGAAAUUCUCUAUUCUACAUUACUAAGUUCACAUAGGUCAACUGAGGUAGGUCACCAUGUCUCAAUAUUGAGACAAGCUAAAUCAUAAGAUCAAUUUGAGAAAGUGUACUAGUCAGUGCUCAGGCUCUCAGAAAACAAAGAUGAUGAAAUAUAGUCAGUCUCUCUCUCAGGUCAGUGAGUCCCAGAACCAGACCAGGGCUUAGCUCGGAGAUGAGAUAGCCUGAUAGUCCUCCCUGGACGCUGAAAGGGCGCUUUAUUUUGCUCUGUUGCCCUGGGAUCAGAUGGGAUUCAAUGUGGCUGGGGAUCAGCGGCCAGCCAAGCUGGCACAGAGAGCCAUGUGCCCUGCCAAGGCCAGCCUGCCACCUCUCAUCUGUGUCGGCUGCACAGAGGGCCCUGGCUGCCAAGGGGUAAUUUCUAGGCGUAGGCCACGUACCCAGCCCUGUCCCACCACCCUCUCUCUGCCCUCACCAUGUGUUUGAUGUAUUUGAUACCAUUCCACCAAUUCCUCUCCAGCCAUUACCACGAGCCUGUCCUCCCCAAUUAAGGUGCCACCAACCUCCUGUGUCUGGUAGCCAUUAUUACUACCCACAAAAUGUUAGGUUGAUGGUCCAAAAUCAGACUCACAGUUUAGAAUCUGGGGCAUUUUGUGUAAUUUAAUUAUACAAAGGGAUGAGGUAAGUGUUUGUUGUUCAAGUGAGAGGACAAAUCCCUGACAUAUUUUCUCAUCUCAUGCAGUAGCUAGAAAGUGUUGACUGUAAACAAAGCCCCUUCCUGCAGAAAAGCCCCUGCCCUUUGUGAACACUAACGCCCCAUACUUUGGGCGCUGUCUAUUUCUGAGCAAUGCUGAACUGUUCUCUGCCUUAUUGUAGCUGCUGAGGGGGCCCAGCCAGUGGCUACCGUCAAUCCUCCUGUCCUGACCAUCCAGCAAGGAGGCCGCGCUGAGUUCCGCUGUACUGUGACUGGCAACCCUACCCCUGCCAUCGAGUGGAUAGGUAAGGAAGGCUGCAGCUAGUGGAACACCUACAACAUAAAUUAAGCCAGUCAAUUAGUUUGGUCAAUUGCUGACUUAGUCAAUUAGGAACACAUUCAUUCGCAUGUAUGACGACCUGUUCUAAUCUUGUAUUUGAAUAGCUGUUUUUGGAAGUAUACAUUCACUCUGUAUAAUGCCAUAACUGACAAAAGGGGAAAAUAUAAAAAAAUCUAUGUGUUUCUAGGUGGAGGUCCUGGUAACAGGAUGAGCCCCAACGCUGUGGUCCGUGGAGGAGUACUAACCAUCCCUGCUGUGGAGAGGGGGGAUGAGGGGGAGUACGUCUGCAAGGCCCUCAACACCCACGGAGAACACACAGCACGGGCAGUCCUCUACGUACACAGUGGGUCUCAACAUCAACAACAGGCCAAUGUCACAGGUUCAUAGGGUGGUAUUCUUACUUGAGAUCUGCACUCUUUACUCAAAUUGUUGCGCAAGUCUUCUAUUGAGAUCGAAGAAUGAUUUAUGCAUGCUCUGAGGUCUGAGUUGUGUGUGCUUAUCUCAACUGUGAAUCUGCCCAAUAUUGUCGAUCGUAACUAGUUACCACAGCCACAAAGUCAUUAUUUCUACAAUAUCUUCUUAAAAUCUAAUUUUAAACCACAGGAGGUUGGUGCCACCUUAAUUGGGGAGGACAGGCUCGUGGUAAUGGCUGAAGCGGCAUUAGUGGAAUAGUAUCAAAUACAUUAAACAGAUGGUUUCCAUUCCAUUCGCUCCGUUCCAGACAUUAUUAUGAGCCGUCCUCCCCUCAGCAACUUGACUGUUUUAAACCUAAACUUAACUCUAACCUUAACCACACUGCUAACCUUAUGCCAAACCCUAACCUUAAAUUAAGACCAAAAAGCACAUUUUUGUUUUCACUAAUUUUUACGAUAUUGCCAACUUUGUGGCUGUGGUAACUAGUGACAACCCAUAUUGUCUACCAGUCUGGUUGGGUCCUCAUUUUGGCAUAUUCUGUGUUCUUCCUGUGUGUUUGAAUGCUUCAGGUGCCAGCCUGCCCCACGUGCAGGUGAGCCCCCAGAGAGUGGACAUCCAUGAGGGGGAGACUCUAAGGCUGUACUGCAGGGCUGGAGGCACGCCCAGCCCCGGACUCACCUGGAAGAAACAGGGAGGACAACUCCCUCCGCAGGUAAACACUGGUCCUUUCUACCUGAUACUUUCUGUCUAGGAUAUAACCUGAUCUUAAGAGUAGCUACAUAGAGUGCCUUCAGAAAGUAUGUAUUUAUACCCCUUGACUUUUACUUCACUGGCCUACACACAAUACCCCAUAUUGUCAAAGUGGAAGUAUGUUUUUCAAAAUCUUUACAAUGUCUUGAGUCAAUAAGUAUUCAACCACUUUGUUAUGUCAAGCCUAAAUAAGUACAGGAGUAAACAUUUGCUUAACAAGUCACAUAAUAAGUUGCAUUGACUCACUUUGUGCGCAAUAAUAGUGUUUAACAUGAUUUUUGAAUGACUACCACAUCUCUGUACCCCACACAUACAAUUAUCUUUAAGGUCCCUCAGUCGAGCAGUGAAUUUCAAACAAAGAUUCAACCACAAAGACCAGGGAGGUUUUCCAAUGCCUUGCAAAGAAGGGUAGAUGGGGUAUUGGUAGAUGGGUAAAAAUAAAAUAAAAAGCAGACAUUGAAUAUUAAUUACACUUUGGAUGGUGUAUUAAUACACCCAGUCAUUACAAAGAUACAGGCGUCCUUCUAACUCAGUUGCCAGAGAGGAAGGACACUGCUCAGGGAUUUCACCAUGAGGCCAAUGGUAACUUUAAAACAGUUGCAGAGUUUAAUGGCUUUGAUAGGAGAAAGCUGAGGAUGGCUCAACAACAUUGUAGUUACUCCAUAAUACUAACCUAAUUGACAGAGUGAAAAGAAGGAAGCCUGUACAGAAUACAAAAUAAUCCAAAACAUGCAUCCUGUUUGCAACAAGGCACUAAAGUAAUACUGCAAAAAAAUGUGGCAAAGCAGUUAACUUUUUGUCCUGAAUACAAAGUGUUAUGUUUGGGGCAAAUCCAAUAAAACACAUUACUGAGUACCACUCUCCAUAUUUUCAAGCAUAGUGGUGGCUGCAUCAUGUUAUGGGUAUGCUUCUAAUUGUUAAGGACUGGGGAGUUUAUCAGGAUAAAAAAGAAACAGAAUGGAGCUAAGCACAGGCAAAACCCUAGAGGAAAACCUUGUUCAGUCUGCAUUCCACCAGACACUGGAAGAUUAAUUCAUCUUUCAGCAGGACAAUAGCCUAAAACACAAGGCCAAAUAUACACUGUUGUUGCUUACUAAGAUGACAUUGAAUGUUCCUGAGUGGCCUAGUUACAGUUUUGACUUAAAUCUACUUGACAAUCUAUGGCAAACUAUGAUCAACAACCAAUUUGACAGAGCUUGAAGAAUUUUGAAAAGAGUAAUGGAAAAUAUUGUACAAUCCAGGUGUGAAAAGCUCUUAGAGACCUACCCAUAAAGACUCACAGAUGUAAUCACUGCCAAAGGUGUUUUUACAAAGAAUUGACUCAGGGGUGUGAAUACUUAUGUAAAUAAGAUAUUUCUGUAUUUGAUUUUCAAUAAAUUUGCAAAAAUUUCUAAAAACAUGUUUUCACUUUGACAUUAUGGGUUAUUGUGUGUAGAUAGGUGAGAGAAACAAAUAACUUGAAUCCUUUUCGAAUUUAGGAAUGUGGAAUAAGUCAAGGGGUAUGAAUACUUUCUCAAGGCUCUCACUGUAUGUAUCGUAUACAGCAGGGGUGUCAAACUCACUUCGCUCUUGGGGCCGCAUUCAGUCUUCAACGAGGUCCACACAGAAAAUUGGUUAUAUUUCCUUGCCUUCCAAAUUUGCCAAAAAUAGUCCUUUAUCCAUUGUUUUUGGAAUGUUCGAUGCUCCCUGACUGUCUAGUGAUUAUUAACGAGCUGGACAAUCAAGAAACUGUAUGAAUAUAGGUCCAUUACCAUUUCUACACAGUUUCAAUUUGGUUUUAAUCAUUUAUUUAUGAAUGUUUUUCUCAAACCACCCGCGGGCCGGAUUGGACCCCCUCGUGAGCCGGAUCUGGCCCGCGAGCCGGAUGUUUGACACCCCUGGUAUACAGUAUUUGGUGCUGGUAUCUCACCAUGCUAUUGAAAGGGUUGUGUUGGUGAAAAAGUGAAUUCUGGUGUGAAGUGUUUUGACCAAUCUUUAUUGUUUUUUUUCCUUCUUGUGUUUCCUUCCCCCCUUUCUUUAUUCCCUGUUUCCUUUACGUUUUGCUCAGGCCAUUCCUUCUCACGGUUUCCAUCAGUUUAAAAGCAACAGUCUCGAUGUGUUACAGAGACGUAUUGAGGAGCUGCAGGUCUGUCCGUCUGUCCUCUGUCUUUACGUCUGUCUGUCUAUCUGUCUCGCCUCUUACUUCCCACCUGUUGCCCUCUACUGACCUUGCCUAAACACACUGUCAACUAAAUGCAUGAUCAAACGUGUCUUUGAUUCAUCAUCACACACAGUAACUGCCAUUAAUUCACUACAAGCAAAUAACUGCUCACAAAGUCUCCAUGAGAAAUAGUAGUUCAGUAUAACUGGUAGAAAACAACAACAACAACAACAACAACAACAAGCUGGGUGUGAAGCUCUACUUAUGGCAUGGUUUAGUUGUUGUUUUUGUCUUGUAAGUGUUCCAUCCAUCCAUUGUCCUUCUUUUUCUCAUUUGUCCACAAUCAUUAGGGAUGGGUGAAAAAAAUUGAUACAGUUACAUGUCGCAAUAUUAUUUUUGGAUUGAUAUUUGACUCCCAAGUAUCGAUUUGUAAAAAAAAAAAGUUUUUGCUACUGUAGGUAGCGGUAGCUAGGGCUAGUUGUCUAUACCUGAGCCAAAACUAUCCUAUAGCUUUUUAAAUAGUGACCCAACAUGUUUUCAGCACUUUUAUUUCCCUGACUGAUCAAAACUAUUUUUUUCAUGCUGACUCUUCUCUCUCUGCAGCAGAUAAAUAGUGAGCAAUAUGUUUGGAAUAUCAAAUCGCAAUACAAUCGCAGUAUUGAAUCGCAAUACAUAUAGAUUCGUGAGAAUCGCAAUACAUAUGGUAUCGGCACUUAAGUAUGGUGAUAAUAUCGUAUCGUGAGGCCCCUCUCAAUUCCCAGCCCUAACCAUCAUCAUAUCAUCCCUGACAUAUAUGUUUCCUAAACCAACUAUUUAGCAUUUUGUUCACAUUAUUAUUAUUCCUGUAUGUCCACGCCCAGGCCCCAGGGCGUAGCUUGGUAUUUGGGACAUAGUCUCCUCAUGCUAGGCCCUUUGGGUUAGUCCCUCCGUACCUGGUGUCUCCUCCGCCAGCCGAGGCUCAGGGCUCUGUUUUGUUCUGCCUCAGAGAGCUUCAGCGUUGUGUCAGCUUUUCCCAUGGGGUCUCAGGCUCUGCCGUGCGGCCACGCAGAAAUUCUGUGUGCUCUAGCAAAUGGGUUGCUUUGAAAACUUGUGAAUGGGUUCAGACACAAAUUGAGCCGGCUCCACCUCGGCCACUGCUCACUUUAGCCAGGCCCUCACGGUUGACUAGGCCAGCGCUAAGCAGCUUUGUCCACGGAUGGAUGGCACACUACCACCACCCCCAGGAUACUGUAAUCCACCCAGCCCAGCCACACCCCUUUAAAUUCUCUCUACAGCCACACCCCUUUAAAUUCUCUCUCCAGACACUCCCCUUUAAAGUCUCUCUCUAGAUUCUAGACACACCCCUUUAAAUGAUGUCUUUAGGUGUACUCUAUUCUCAGCCAUAACAUUGGUCCACUGUUCACGUUGAUGGUUGUAAUACUGUAUGGUUGUAAGGUUGUAAAUGGUAGUAAGGUCCACCACUCUGUCCAUUAUAGUUCAAGUGUAAAGUAGUUGCUUAGGGACUCAAUUGGACAUUUCUGUGCCAUGCACAGGCUGAUUAUUUCCCCAUUAGAAUAGAGUUGAUCCACCGCCUUACCGUUGUGUUGGUUGUACAUUGGGAUUCAUUUACAAAUGAAGGCAUAGAGAGUUAGUGAGUGAGUGGUUGUAAGUAUUAGUAAUCAUCUGUAAUGCAUUUCCAGUGAUUUCAUACUGUACAUAGACAGAGGAGCUUUGUAUUGCUUGAAAGCAUUGUAUUGGCUCAAAGCACUAUGUCUAAUAUGUCAAUUCCCUAACAGUUUCCCAGUCCUGUCAUCAUUGUACUCAAUCAUUUUAACAACUCAACAACAUGUGCUACUAUACCUACUGUAGUGUAUCCUACUGUAGUGCACCCUACUGUAGUGUAUUCUACUGUAGUGUAUCCUACUGUAGUGUAUUCUACUGUAGAGUACCCUACUGUAGUGUAUCUUACUAUAGUAUAUGUCCACCUACUGUAGUGUAUUCUACUGUAGUGUAUCCUACUGUAGUGUAUCCUACUGUAGUGUAUUCUACUGAAGUGAAUCCUACUGUAGUGUAUUCUACUGAAGUGUAUUCUACUGUAGUGUAUGAUCACCUACUGUAGUGUAUCCUACUGUAGUGUAUGACCACCUACUGUAGUGUAUUCUACUGUAGUGUAUCCUACUGUAGUGCAUCAUACUGUAGUGUAUGACCACCUACUGUAGUGUAUCCUACUAUAGUGUAUACUACUGUAGUGUAUCCUACUGUAGUGCAUCAUACUGUAGUGUAUGACCACCUACUGUAGUGUAUCCUACUAUAGUGUAUCCUACUGUAGUGCAUCCUACUGUAGUGUAUGACCACCUACUGUAGUGUAUCCUACUAUAGUGUAUCCUACUGUAGUGUAUGACCACCUACUGUAGUGUAUCCUACUGUAGUGUAUGACCACCUACUGUAGUGUAUCCUACUAUAGUGGACCCUACUGUAGUGUAACUGGUAACUGUUUAAAUAGUGAUCAUUAUUAGUUGUCAAAUUAAACAUUUUAACUGUGAAAUCAUUAUAGUAAUGUUGAUAUACCUAAACAUUACUUUUCUCUUCAACCAACGAUGAAAUGGUUCGAUUUUUUUGUUUUCUUUCUUGCAAAGCACAGCAAUACCUGAAAAGCCUAUUUUAAUGAUCAUAACACAAACAUUGUUACAACGCACAAACCAUUUAACAAUGCUAUAUACUGUAUAUGCUGAAGAUCCACCCUGCUGUGCUUUUGUUGAUAUUGAUUUUAAAUUAUGUCAAGUGUGUCUUUUGUUCGCACCUUUGUGGUCUGUGAAAUCCAAUGUUCAUACAGUAGGUGGUUUGUCCAAAGGUAAGAAAUCUGCUGUAUGUAUGAUGUUUUUGUAUUGGAUUUGGGUAGAGACAUCAUCAUUGUCAUGCACAUUGUCGUGUAGCUCGUACCACGGUGGUGCAUCGUGUCUAAGGCCAUCGUGACAUAUUCUUCAUCCCUCUCCUUGCUCGUUGCUGUGUCCUCUCUAGGCCCGUAUGGAGCGUACAGACAUUGGCACCCUUCUCAUCCCCAACAUCAAGUCCUCUGACUCUGGCACCUACCUGUGUGUCGGAACCAACUCCAUAGGAUCCUCAGAGGCUCGCAUCGAGGUCACCGUCAAUAGAGGUGAGAGGUCACUCCAGGGUCAUGUUCAGUAGGGCACUCGUUUUAAAAUGUUUUGCAAUGUAAAUCGGAAACGGCUGUUUCUUAUUUGAAAGAUAGUUCAGAUUACGUCAAUGUUUUAAUCUGUUUCAAAAAGUUUUCUCCCUACUCGGCAUGACCCAGGUAAUUGUACCCCAGAGCUUGCUGCUGCUGUGCGUUGACAGUAAUCUAACAUUAGUAAAUAUCUGUGCCCUGUGUUUGUUGUUGUGUAGCAAUAGGAGGAGACACCAUCUCGUCAGCCAUCACCAUCCAGCCCUCCAUAGCUGACGUCCAGGAGGGACAGUCUCUGGACCUCAACUGUUUUGUCCCUGGUAACCCCCCACCUGCUGCCACCUGGAGUAGGUCUAGUGGACGCCUGUCUGCCAAUCACCAGGUUGGAAUAUACACGUUCUGUUACUAGGGUUGAACAAUUCUGGAAACUUUCCCAAAGUUCCCAGGUUUUGAUUUUCCCAAAGUUCUCAACAGGGAUUUCUGAAAACCCAGGAACUUUGGGACCUUACCUCUGACAUACAAAUGCUUCCAACUGUUCACGUAAAUGUGCUGUAGCCACAUGCUGAUAUGGUAUCAUUACUGUUUAGGAAGCUCAGCUAGUCAAAUCUCUAUGAAAAAUCAAUUGAAGGGAUAGUGCGACAUUUUGCAAGAAAGCAUGCUAAUUGUUCCUGUAGACUUCCAGUCAUUGCGCUAAUGCUAGUUAGCAAUUGCUCCAGAAACUACCUUCAACUUCCUUAAAACUGAACGCAGAGACAUAAAAAUGGUAUCCAUGAGUUCAUCUGACUCUAGGGAAGUAGAACAAAGUAAUUGCCUAAAUAUCCCUUUAAUGAAGACUGUUUUAUUUCAGUUGAAUAUUCAGCAGGAUAAUUCCCAUUGUGCCUAACAGGUUCUGGGUGCCCAGCUGCGUAUCCUCUCUGCCAGCCCAGAUGACUCUGGGGAGUAUAUUUGUCGUGUGGAGGCAGGGCCUGGUACUCCUGUCCGUCAGGCCUCAGUCUCUGUCUCAGUCACUGCCACCUCCUCUCGUAAGUCAUCAAGCCAUUCUCUCUGUGACAGUACACUGGCUUGACAAUGGAACUGUCCUCUCAACUGAUAUCACUGGGGAUGGUGGUGAAGCAGUCCAAGGCGUACACAGUAGGAACAUCUGUGUUAUUUAUUUAGUGGCCUUUCGUCAUGUACAGUAUUACUUUUCCAGUUGUGUUUAAUUCCAACCCUCCUUAAAGUGACCUCAGAGUGUAUGCUUUCCUUUUCCACACUGUGCCAUGAUCUCAUCCUGGUUCAAACCUUCCUGGGUUCCUAGUUUAUCAUGUUCUGUAUUUGCUGACAAAUUCCAAUGCUUCCAAUGGAGGCCAUAGACCUAUAGUAUCACGAUCUGGUACUUACAGUACACCCUCUUGUAAGUGUUGUAGGAUUAGAACCAAAGUGAACUGGAGUGAGUAGAGGAAAUGUUGUCCUGUUGUAAUGUUUGUGGUGGUGUGUGUUUCCUGGAGCAGGCCUGCAGACCCCCAUCAUCUCCAUUGAGCCCCACAGUGCAGCGGUGCGACAGGGAGAGUCAGCCAGCUUCAAGUGUAGGGUCUACAGUGGAGCCCAGCCUGUUCGCCUGGAGUGGAAACUGUCCAACAACCAGCCCCUUCCUGGUGAGGCCCCUCCCACACACACAUACUGUUACACUGCUACUCUCUGACUGGAGGAUACUGAAACAUUCAAUUCAAUUCCAUACAAUUUUAUGCAGACAGGCAUUUAGUCAGAUUCAUGUCAGAUGUCAGAAUCAUGUCAUUAUCCACUCACGCAAACUACCUGCAAUAUCUACAGUAAUGACAAUAUAUAGUCUGUAUCCAAUUAGCUAUGUUUUUAAUCAAACAGACACAGUUGCUGCUUGUCAGUUGCUGCUUGAUAGACUAAAUUAUUCCCUGUGAAACCUGUCAUUCUGUAGACAAUGUGAAGAUUGACCAUUACGGCACUGUCCUCAUCAUCACUGAUGCCCGCCCUAGCAACCAGGGCACCUACCGCUGUGUGGCUAGCAACCUGUUUGGAAUCACCCAGAGCAUCGUCUCUCUGAUUGUCAAAGGUAUGGCGUAGUCACACACACACACACACACACACACACACAAACACACACACACACACACACACAUAUAUGGUGUUGAUGUUUUUUUUAUGUGGUUCACUAUGAGCAGCUGCUCUCUGUCGAUGAACUAAGGGCCCCCCUUGGUGGUUGUCAUGGUAAAGGAAAGGCCUUACGGUUGUUUAUUUGGGUGAUGUCAUCCUUCCUUCCAGAGUCUCCCGUAGCGACUGUCACCCCUCAGGGGCCCGUGCGAGUCAGGGUGGGUGAACCCAUCAAUCUGGAGUGCCAGGCCUCCGGGGAGCCACGGCCAUCUGUCACAUGGCACAGACUGGACAACGCCCGCAAGACCAUGCUGAGCAGCCCUGUGCCCAUGGAGUCCAACGCUGUCAUGCAGGUACUGUACUGGAUCUGUGUUCCUGAUCUUCAACUCCCUAAGAAACCUCAAAGUCAUUUUUACUGAGCUUUUGUACUGUACGGGUGGCAGGUAGCCUAGCAGUUAAGAGCGUUGGACCAGUAACUGACAGGUCGCUGGUUUGAAUCCCCGAGCCGACUAGGUGAAACAUCUGUCGAUGUGCCCUUGAGCAAGGCACUUAACCCUAAUUGCUCCUCUAAGUUGCUCUGGAUAAGAGCGUCUGCUAAAUGACAAAUGUAAUGUAAAAUGUACAUGGAAGAAUAAAGGUUUCCUUAACACAGAUUAAGCCUAGUCCUAGAUUCUCAAUUCAAAGUGCUUCUUGGUCUAAGACCAGGCUUAAUCUGUGUCUGGGUAACCAGCCCUUAGUGUUAGGAUGUAAUGAAUUUUUAUGCUAAGAUAUAUUACGCAGGGUGUGCUAUUUAUUCUAUGAUGGGCAGACGCAGUAAAGCUGUCUUCCCCUCCAAGGUCCUAGUGGCCCGUCCAGAAGACAGUGGCACCUACGUGUGCAUGGCCCGCAACAAUGAGGGCACCACUGAGACCAGGGUUGAAGUGAUCGUGGAAGGGGGUGCCCAGGUGCCCACCUCGCCCCGUGCCUCUGUGCCAGAACCCCUCGUUGUGGUGGUGGAGGGACAGACCACCACACUGAGAUGUGACGCUCACGGUAACUGAUGCACCUACAAAUUACACUAAUGAGUAUUAUAGCAAAGAUAACUGAGUUCCCAGGUUUUGAUUGUAUUGAUACUUGUUAGUACAGAUAAUACUUUUAAGUAAAAUUACAUCCUACAAAUGAGAGCUGAGAGGAACUUCAUGUCAUAGUUACCUCAUCUUUGCUAAGAGCAUACAAUUGGCAUGACAAAUCAUUGACAUUUACAUUUACUUAAGUCCUUUUCACACACUGAUAUUGUGAUUUCCCUCCCUCCCAAGGUUUCCCUGCCCCUAAUAUCACAUGGUCUAAGCUGCGUGCCCCUCUUCCCUGGAGACAUAAAGUAGUGGACAACACCCUGGUUCUGCCCAGAGUUGGCUGGGCAGACUCUGGAGAGUACAUCUGUAAUGCCACCAACAACAUGGGCACCACAGAGGUCACCAUCAUGCUGGAUGUGGAGAGUGAGUCUGAUAGAGAGAUUUUAGUAGCCUGGUCCCAAAUAUUUUUGUGCUGCUUAGCCAACUCCUGUUAAUCGUAAUCGUGUUGGCUAUACAAAUCUGGAACCAAAGAGAUCUGGGUCCAGGUUAAGGUUUCAUCACUGCAGGUUCCAGUCUACACAGAAAUAUUGUGGCGACUUAUAUAGAUUAUUAACACCAAUAAAACUCAAUGACCCAUGCUUUAAAUAGAUUAUGAGGAACUAUUUUCUCAGCUCAUGAAUCACGUCACACCAUGCAUAAAUGUGAUCGCACAUCUCUAUGCGAGCUUAAGUAUAAUUUAGUGAUUUGCUUUUUUAUAUAAAUAUAGACUCAGAGCUUCAAAAUAUAUCAACUGUAGUUGGAUGAAACAUGGGAAAGUUAUGCUGUAAAACCACUUAGGAGACAAGUAGGAAAAAAAGCCCUUGAAAGAUUUUGCUGAGAUUUUCACACUUGCUAGAGAGCUCUUCUUUGUUUUAUGCCGAUUCAGCAUCUUUCACACCCUCUUAAGCCUUAGCCCCACCCGUGUAAACGCAUGUGAGUCAGCAUGGCAUUGUCCUCCAGAAAGUAAUCUCUCUACUUAAACUUUCUACAACUGAGCUUUGUCGAUAGCACCAGCUACAUUUGCAGGUUGACAUUUAUUGUCAUGAAUCUUGCCCAAUAGGCAAAACUGAGCAAUUUCUGCUAGGUGGGCCAGCUACAAAGUCUAAAUUGUCUAUAUCAUAAAAAUGCAAGGUUAGGGUUAAGCAUUAGUGUUAGGUUUUAAAUGAUUUUAUGACUUUGUGGCUGUGCUAGCUAGUGACCACUCUGCAGAGCUGCCUCCAGGUCAAGAUUCAUGACAAUAAAUGCCAACCUGCGCUAAAUGUAGGCCAGCAAUGUAGUUGAGCGCUGUAACAACACUUUUGCAGUUGUCCAUAACUAUAUAUUUCCAAAAAUCUGCGGAAGCAAAGAUUAUCUAUAUACUGACCAGGAAAACCCCAUUCUGUUAUACAUGUAGACAGAAGCCUGUGAUAUGACAGGCCAAACAUCUCUCGGCAUAUCCAGCCCCUCCAUUAUCAAAGCCAAUCAUGGCAAGCCAGGAAGGAUCCUGUCUUUCUCCCUAUAUAGCUCAGUACUUUCUCCUUGGCUAAACUAGGCUUGUCAUUUACAUUUUUUAUUCAUAUUUACAGAUCACCUCCGAUUUUUUUUAUUAAGGCACAUGAAUGUUCACAUGUUCAAAAACUAUAAAAAAAAUUAUAACAAUUCCAGCCCUACUGUGAAGUCGGAACUAGCGCCAAAUGCCCAGCUUCCUGAAUCCAGUCACAAAUCAUCAUCUAUUCCUAAUACUAGUCCCUUUAGGAUCUCUAACCUUCCAUGUCUCUGUAAUGCAGCUCCUCCCUAUGCCACCUCCCUGCCCGACGACGUGGCAGUGCGUGUGGGCGAGGUGAUCCGACUGCAGUGCCUGGCCCAUGGUACUCCCCCCCUGCUCUUCCAGUGGACCAAGCUGAACGGCAGCCUGUCCACUAGGGCUGACGCCCAGGCAGGAGACCUCCAGAUCAACCUGGCCACAGCUGAGGACGCUGGCACUUACAAGUGUGUCGCCACCAACAAAGUGGGCACAAGUGAAGCACACACUAAGGUUACAGUCAGAUGUAAGUACUGUGCCCAGUCACAGCCUGGCUUCUGUGUUGAUGAAAUUAGUCUACAGUAAGGUACCUAUUUUUUACCAUAAUAACGUAUGGACACAGACACCUUCAGUGAAUAAGCACACAAACACUCCCUUAUUGUGUGUGUGUGUAUGUGUGUGUAGCGCCCCUGGCGGUGCGUGUGUCUCCUCAGGUAGAGGUGAAGGCCCAGGGUAGUGCUGUGGAGUUCACCUGCUCUGCUGCAGGAGGCCUGGGGACCACCAUCGAGUGGCUGAAGGAGGGAGGAGCCCUGCCCCCCAACCAUCACAUCAAAGACGGAGUGCUGAGGUGAGAGAGCCAGGAGAGACACUUUACAGCAGGCAGUCAAAAUGAUCAACAUGGCGAUCCGGGAUUAACAAAACGAUGAUCCAGGUUCAACACAGUUAAAUGACGAUCCAGGAUCAACACAGUUAAAUUAUGAUCCAGGGUCAACACAGUUAAAUGACGAUCCACACAGUUAAAUGAUGAUCCAGGAUCAACACAGUUAAAUGACGAUCCAGGAUGAACCAGAUGAUGAUCCAGGAUCAACAAAAUGAUAAUCCAGGAUCAUGUCCCUCUUGGUGAAAUCAGAACGUGCAUUUGGGUUGUCUGCCUGUAUCUGAUCCGUGUGUUUUGUGUAGGAUUGAGAACCUGGAUCAGAGCAACGAGGGCAUCUACAUCUGCAGAGCCACCAGUGUUCAUGGCCAGGCUCAGGAUACCGCCAAGCUCACCAUCCAAGGUCUGCCCAUGUCCAACACCCUCAUACAAUCAUUGACACUGUCACAACCCAUAUUUAUAACCAGAAUAUUUAGUAUAGCCCCACUAUGCAAUCCCUCUCAAUGAUCUGGGAAUCACAUACAUGUAUGUCUCUAUAAAUGGCUCUGCAAUUAUCUUUCUUUUUAUGAACUUGCAAUGUAUUAAUUCAGUGUUUGUAUGAACCCUCUCUCUCCUCUCCCCAUUGUCUGCAGCCCUUCCCAAGGUGAUGAUCAACGUGCGUACCUCAGUGCAGACUGUCAUGGUUGGUAACUCGGUGGAGUUUGAGUGUCAGGCCAUAGGCGAGCCCCAGCCCACGGUGCGCUGGAGCAAGGUGGGAGGGCUGCUGCCGGCACACAUUGUGGUGAAGGGCGGCAUGCUGAAGAUCGAACAGGUGACCGAGGCUGACGCUGGACAGUACCGCUGCACUGCCACCAACGAUGUGGGAUCUGUGCAAUCCCAGGUGGUCCUCAAUGUCCAGUGUAAGUAGAAAAAGGAGUGUACUGGUCCUGUACGUCGGCAAACACACACACACACACACACACACACACACACACACACACACACACACACACACACACACACUCCUAUAGCUCUUGUCCCCUCUACCAUGUAUUGACAGAUGUUUGUUUGUAAAGCCCUACCCCAGAUCGCAGCUCUGCCAGAGCUGAAGGAAGUGACAGUGGGAUCGGAUGCUGUCCUGCCCUGUGUGGCAUCAGGAUACCCAGUGCCUGCCAUCAAAUGGUCCAAGGUAACCAACACCCUAUCAGUGCAACGGAAAACAAACUAGUGAAGAUGGUGCCUAUCUGUUUCUGACUAUUUUCCAUCUACAGUAUGUGCCUUGUGAACAGGAUCCUGAUUUGACAUGUUUUGUGCGUCCUUCUCUCUGUAGCUGGAUGGGGAGCUUCCUCCUAAGUGUAUACAGGUAGUCAAUACCUUGUCGGUUCCUGGAGUGACCCACGAGGAUUCUGGGACAUACGUGUGCACUGCCUCCAACAAGCAGGGCAAAGUGGAGGCCUUCACCACCCUCAAAGUCCAUGGUCAGUCAGCUCUAUAGAAACACACUGUGGUAGAGAAUAUAACAUAGUUGCCUGUAUCCAACUCUAUGAUUCCCUGUUCCCUGUCUCUAGUUCAUAGACAGUCAUCUAGUUCAUAGACAAUCAGCUCAAUCAGAGGGGAAAUUUAAAUAUAGGCAGUAUCUAACUUUAAUUCCUUUAUCUCUACAGAUCGAGUGAUGCCCUAUUUCACCCAGGAGCCCCUGUCCUAUCUCACUCUGCCCACCAUCAAGAACGCCUAUAAGUCCUUCAGCAUCAAGAUCAGCUUCAGGCCAGACAAUCCUGAUGGUGAGAAGUCAGUCACAUUGGUUUAAUCACAUUGAUGUACUAGACUAAUGUUUUUGUCUGUACAGUUUCAGUGCCAUUUUUAUGAUCCAAUGAUACUGCAUCUGUUAUGAUCUUGUGUAGCUCAGUUGGUAGAGCAUGGCGCUUGCACCGCCAAGGUUGUGGGUUCGAUUCCCACGGGGGGCCAGUAUAAAAAAUUAAAUUAAAUGUAUGUACUCACUAACUGUAAGUCGCUCUGGAUAAGAGUGUCUGCUAAAUGACUAAAAUGUAAAUGUGUUGUGUCCUUCAGUACGUUGUCUUUCCUUAUUUUUGUCUUGUUUGUCAUUUAUUGUCGUUUUCCCAUGUAUGAUUUUACCCCCCUCUUCUUCUAUCCCUCCACACUCUCCCUCUCUUCUCACCUAUUCGGUGUGAAGGUCUCAUACUGUAUGCGGGUGAGUCGCACUGCUGUAAAUCACACACUCAAGACUGAUGCAGGUGUUGCUUUUUGGGCUAAAAGUCCAGAAAAGACACCAGUGAUGUUUACCUUUUAACUUGCCAUAAUGCAUGGUAAUGUAGAGUACAGCUGGUGGCUGAGGGAGAAGCCUAUGGAGAAUGGCCUAUGUCCUCAUUCAGGCAUGAUGGUUGUAUUGGCAGCCCCCCGCUCGUCAAUCCAUUACAGUCAUUGGCCUAAUGGUGUCGGGAUAGUACGAUGCCGAUGCAUGGAAAGAUGGCAAUUUUUACAAUCCAUUUCAUCACUCUGCAUCAGCUUAUACCAACAAGACUGCAAUGCUGCUUCCAAAGACAAGCUUUAUUAUUGGCAAAUUAAGGAAAUACAAUGUCUUAUUAGCCUAUACAAUGAAUAAGCCUCAAAAUGGACAUUGUACAGUAUUGUAUGUGGCUAUAGGAUUUAUCUUCUCAGUUCGGAAGCUAGUACAUAGUACUGUACCACCAGCGAGAUGGGGUGCUUCAAUGGGUGACACACAUACUCUGAUAACAACUUCCAUACCAACUUCAUGGAAGUUGUACAGAGUGAACAGAAGAAAAAAGCAACAAUUGUACCGCAUUUAAGCAAUCGCUCUCUGCUCUAACAUCUUCCCUUUCAGAGCCAUAGAUGUUAGGGAUAUGUUUAUGUUUAGGAGGCAUGGUUUUAGACUGCCCUGGCUUUGACCUUGAUGAUGAUGGCCACAGUGCUGGUUGGGAAGAGUUUAGCAGAGCAUGUGUGGUUGGCAUGCAGCCCGUGUGAAGGCAGAGCUAGACCAGACCAGACAGAGCGAUGCCCCAGGGCAGCACACACUAGAACCUGGCUUUGACUGUCCCAAGCUUGGCCCUAAACCUGCUAGCAUGCAGCUUCUUGGACUGAGUGACCUCAGCCCUCACCCUGGUGCCUCUGUCUUUGACUGGCUCUAGGAGGGGAGGUGUGUGAACAAUGCUAAUUGUACCUCUACUGGUCCACCAGGUAUGAUCAUCUAUAACGGACAGAAGAGGACCAUGGGAGCAGACUUCAUCUCUUUGGGGCUGGUGGGAGGCAGGCCUGAGUUCAGGUGAGCACCUGGCUGUGUCAUUCUGGAGCAUUAGGGGUCACUAUGCACGCUAUAUGAGCUCAGUGUGUAAGAAUAAACAAGCUAUUGAUGAAUGGUAACUUUAACUGACAUUAGAGUCUGUCAACAUUAACUGAUGAUGAUGGUGAUCACGAUCAUGAUGACACUGACAAUGAUAAUAAUGAUAAUGAUAGCAAUAACGCUAACCUGAACUAUUUUCUCCCGACAGGUUUGACGUGGGUUCUGGCAUGGCCACCAUCCGCUACCCCACCCCAAUCAAACUAGGAGAGUUCCACACCAUAGAGCUCUACCGCAACCAGACCCAGGGCUCCAUCAUAGUGGACAGAGAGGCUCCAGUCAACGGAAGCUCACAGGUAGUUUUACACUAUCAUUCUUUAGAUCCAGAGACUGUUGAACAAUAUUAUUCAGACAUAAAUAUCAAACAGAAGCUCACAGGUAGUUUUCAUAGUCAGUUAUAGACUGUUGAAUAUAUACAAAGUACAUAUCCAGGAGAUUAAUCCAUGAACACUGUUUCCUGUCUCGUAUCACAGGGCAAGUUCCAGGGGCUGGAUCUGAACGAGGAGUUGUAUGUGGGUGGUUACCCCAACUACACCCUCCUGGCUAAGACCGCUAGCCUCAAGACUGGCUUCAUUGGUUAGAGAUCAUUGUUUUGUUUUGGAGCUAGUUAUGCUUAACAACAAUAAAACACACUUUGAUGACACUGUAUGGAGUGAUAUUAGUGCCAACCGGAAGUGAAUUUGAAUUCAAUCAUUAUGAAUUGUUAUCGAGCUAUUGGUCACUGUUCUGGAAUAUUCUCAUUGGUUCAUGGUUUAUGGUUUAUGGUUUAUGGUUCAUGGUUCUUGUUCUUGUUCUGUCCAGGCUGCAUCCGUAAGCUGGUCAUCCAAGGUGAUGAGGUCAUCUUCAAGGAUCUGGACCGCAGCUCUACGGGCGUGUCCAACUGUCCUGUCUGCACUGACAGUCCCUGUCAGGUCAGCUGACCACCACUACCUCAGACCCCACCUGUUAAAUACAAUUCAUUCAUUAAUUGUGGUGUUUUGUUUCAGAAUGGAGGGAUAUGUCAGGACUCUGAUACCAGUCUGUACAAGUGUAGCUGUCCUAGAGGAUUCACUGGAAGUAACUGCCAGCACCACUCCUCCCUGCACUGCCAUCCAGAGGCUUGUGGACCGGACGCCACCUGCAUCAACCGUCAGAACACACUGGGCUAUGACUGCCGAUGCCACCUGGGGAAGUCUGGAAACAAGUGCAUGGACGGUAAGGGAAACAGGUUAUUUUCCUUAGCAAUGUCCACUCCUUGAGUGGGCAAGCCUCUGCCCACCGGAAGGUGGUAGAACAGUGGCUCGCCGCACACGGGCCUCUGAUGGCAAUACGACAGCGAACCUCCCUUCCCUUGUUUGCGGUAUCUGUAUAACCAUUGAGGCAUUAUCACACUUUCUUACUAGACAUCAUAUUUGAACAUCUUGUUGAUGUUUGUUUCCUCUAGGUGAAUUGGUGACUACUCCCCUGUUUGACGGUAUGGACUCGUACAUUGCGUACCCUCCUCUGACCAACAUCCACAACGACCUGCACAUCGAGAUGGAGUUCAAACCGAUGGACCUGGACGGUCUGAUGUUCUUCAGCGUGGGCAAGAAGAUGAAGACGGAGGACUUUGUCUCCCUGGAAAUGGUGGACGGACACGUGCAGUUCUGCUAUGAACUGGGGACUGGUGAGAGCAUAGAGAUACAAUAUAAUACUAUAUACUGUAUAGUACAUAAUAAGGAUUUUUUAUUAUGAAUUAUAUUUAUUGAUGUGGGUGAGAGGCCCUUAUAUGUUACUGUUAUACUCUGAUAGCUACUCAACCUGCUGUAUCUGAUGGGAAUUGUUUAGUAAACUAUUGGAUAAACAAAGUUAAAUUACAGACGUGACGAACAUAUAGUCAGGAUUUUCUGCUGCAAGAACUUGAAUGGUUCCUUUCACUGGGCAUGGGUGUGUGUGUGAAGUGGGGAUCUGACCUAGGGUUGAAUUGCUCGCUCUUACCUAAUCCAUGGCUGUCCUACCUUAUCAGAGACUGAAACCAGACUGUUGCCUAAUGCAUCUCUCCUCAAACAAAGUAGAGAGAGCGCGGCACCAGAAUUAAACAGAGUCUAGACUAAUCCUGGGUAAUUACAGCAUGACGGGAGGGAAGAGAGGAGUGGGUUUGGGUAUGUUUGAAAGAUUAAGUGUGGAUCUGUCAUGUCCAACAAUCAAUCUUUAGGUCAAGCCAGGGAGAGCCGGGGUUGAACAGAGUUUAAACUGAAGAUGAGUGUUUUUGCAUGAUAAGGGCUGGAUUGAUUGUACUACUAAAUGUCAAAUUUAGCCGCUAUCAUAGACUAAGGAAGUAGGCAGAGCGGUAGAGAGAGGGAAACUGAAGAUGGUGGUGGGGGAACCCAAGAGGGAAGCUAAGAUGUAUGUGAAUUUGACUAUAUAAACAGAGAGCUUAGAGGUAGAGGGGAGGUGCUCUGCAGACCAUCUCGGCUUCCGUUACUCUGUGUAAUAAAGUCUAUCUUGAUUCUACAGAAACUCUGGAAGAACUUAGAUUUUUAAUAAGUAUAGUGAUAAUUUUCCACAACAUAUCCUCUCCAACUGUUACCUUUUCGUUUUCGAGCUCAAAGCUGUUUAUGGUUGUGCCAUAGAUUUUUGAAUCUAAAAGGGAUACUUUGGGAUUUUGGCAAUGAGGCACUUUAUCUACUUCCCCAGAGUCAGAUGAACUCGUGUCUCUGCUUGUAGUUUGAAGGAAGUUGCUAACUCGUGCUAGCGCAAUUGCUAACUAGCAUUAGAGUAAUGACUGGAAGUCAUUGCCCAGUCAUUGUGCUAUGGUAUCUGCUAGCAUGCUAGCAGAUACCAUAGACUUCCAGUCAUUACGCAAAUGCUAGUUAGCAUUGGCUCGCGAAACUACCUCUAACUUCCUUCAUACUUGACACAGAGACAUAAAAAUGGUAUCCAAGAGUUAAUCUGACUCUGGGGAAGUCAUUGCCAACAUCCUGAAGAAUCCCUUUUACUAAUAGAUCGAGUCACCUGUAACUCUGUUGACCGAUAUAAUCAGGGAAUCCAUUGUCUCUAGAUUAAGUAUCUCCGCUGUUUCAUUGGCCUAGUUUUCACACUAAGCUCCUCUCAGGCACCAACAAAACAGUGGAAAAGGAAACUAGCAAGGCGUUAGCAAGCACUGACGCGCUCAGACAUAGUGCGGUAGUGGAAACCAUGCUAUUGCCUUUGUUUCCAGGCCAAGCUGUCCUGCGCAGUCCUGAGCCGGUCACCCUGGGCCAGUGGCACCGCGUGGAAGCCGGGCGCCUCGACAAGGACGGCUCUCUGAAGGUUGAUGGUGGCCGGGAGGUCAGGAGGUCGUCGCCAGGCAAGGCCCAGGGCCUGAACAUCCACACCCCCAUGUACCUAGGAGGAGUCCCCAACAUGGACAUCAUCCCCAAGGCCCUUAACAUCAGUGAUCUGUACGAUGGAUGCAUAGGAGAGGUGAGCUCAACACACACACACACACACACACACACACACAGCAUGAGCCAUGAUGGCCUUUAUUAUAAUUCAUAAGCACUAUCCACACAGUCACAGAACAUCAAUAGUAAAAAACACCAACAUGAAAAUGUCCUAUUUUCCCCGAUCAUUUGACUUGAUUGGACCUCUAACCCUCUGUGUUUUCUGUUGUCCAGGUGUCCAUCAACGGUAAGAAGGUGGACCUGUCCUACAGCUUCACAGACAGCAUGGCCAUCGUCCAGUGUAAGGACAACAGUCCAUGUGACCGCAACCCCUGUCUAAACGGGGCCAGCUGCAUGCCGAGCGCCGAGUAUGAGUACCAGUGUCUCUGCAAGGACGGCUUCGAGGGUGAGUCCAUUGUAUAGUUAAAUGAAGUACAAUCUAUGGGAUUUCACUUUGGUUAGAGCUAUGUGCCGUAGAUUUAUUAAAUAAUUGGCAUUCAAUAAUCAUAUUCUGAAAAUAAUCUUUCCCAAAUGAGAUCACUGCCGUGUGUAUCUCUCCCCCUAAUGCCACUUUGAUCCCUUUAACCUCUGACCUCUGACACCUGUCUCUGUGCCCUCUCCAGGUGAGCGAUGUGAGGUGGGGAAGGAUACCUGCCAGAGCAGUGACCAGUGCCAGAACGGAGGCAGCUGUGUCAACAGCCAGUGUGUGUGUCCUAUAGGCUUCAAUGGCCCCGUCUGUGGGCAGAGUGAGUACUGCUCUCUUACCCUCCUAUACACAGCAUGACUAUUCCACUAUAUCUUCUAGUCCCAUGAGAUGUAACUUUAUUAUCAUAGAGAGUGAGGGAGACAAGCAGAACAAAUGGAACAAUUCUGGAUAGAGUAUCUGGAUAAGAAAUCAUUGUAACCUAAUUAUAACACUUCAUAAUGUUCACGUAUUGUAUUUUAGUUUUCUAUCAAUUGCCCUGUUUCCAUAAAAGCUGAUGUAUGGUAUAAUUGUGAAUGCUGAUUUUGUUUGUUUCUUUAUUAGGAGAUACAGACAUCUCUGGAGAUACCAUCUCUUCACAGUAACACUGUGUAUAUGUUAGCUUUAGAAUACACCCUUAUAAUCUUGACAGAGAUAUUAGUUACCAAUAGACAUAACAAUCUCUCUCCCAAGGACCAUUGCAUUAGCUAGGCCUCAACCAGACCCCUCUUCUAAGGAAUGGGCCCAUAUGAAGAUGAUUGUCCACACUCUAACCUCCACACCGUAACAUCAGAAAGCUAUUCUACUCUAUAGGAUCCAGCAGUGGUCUGUAGUGUUGGGUGUCAAAGCCACAUGACCUAGUGUGUCUUACCCCUGCCCUCUAAUGGCUAUAUCCCACACACACAGGCCAGGUCUCCAGCUUCGCCGAGGCCCUGGGGAAUUUGGAGGGUAGCGGGGGGAAUGGUACAGUAUCCCUCCCUUCAGUUCUGCCUGACACAACCGUGACUAACCGUCAGGGGCCCGUCUGACCGACCUGAGGGCCCCCGAGAGCCCCCGUGUGGGCCCCCGCCGCAAGCCUAACACACACUCAGCAAAUCAGAGAAACAAAUUACUUACGCAAAACUGUACUACCAAAACAACGCUACACAUUUCUAUUCUGUACUCAACUGGUGGCUGGGGUUCCUAUCCUGUGAAAUGUUGGGAGAGGGGAAUUCUAUGUUGUUAAAGGCUAAGGGUACUGUAGUAUGCAGAUGGAUAUUGCGUCUUCUUGCGGUUGUCUAUUAUUGGGUUUUGGCCCUUUGACACCUUUUCUCUCUCUUGUUUGAGAUACUGUGUAUGUUUUAGAGAUGCAAGAAAUGUAGAAUUCCCCUUUUGUCCUCUCCUAAACAAGCGUCCUGUCGAGUCUGUGACAUAACCAACUACUUACUGCAACAUCUUCCAAACUGCCGUCUUCCAAACUGCCUGUCCAAAUCAACAACAGAAACAACUCUUUUUUUUCUCCACUUCUGCUCUCGUUCGUUGGAAACUGAGAAUGUGAAAUGCAUUAUCUUCUACCCAUUGGAACAAGGAUGUUCGUUGUCAGUUACUAACCACUAAAAGUAUUUUUAUGAAAGUAUUAUGAUGUGAAAGCUGUUUGGGUGAGUUGAAACUCCUUUGAAGAUGAUAACUAUGCAUGGAGCACUCGAUCGUCUGGGUCCGCACUGCACUGAGAUGCCUGUCUCGCUUGAGUCUACAGAUCUAGUGUUUGUGAUGAAUGACAUGUACUAUGGAGAAUGUCGUCUGACUGUGGUAUUUUGUACAGUUUGUCUGUCAAUACAGAAUCUUCAAUCUGCAACAUUGGUAUAAAAUACUGUGUUUUGGGAUAUGUGUCAAAAGUAGAGCUGUUUAAAAACAUAAAUACAAAUAUUGAUAAGAAAAUAUAUUUUUCCCUCUUUCUUAACUCUUGUAUACGAACUACUGUUAGUUUCUAACUGAGCCAGUUGGACGGAGGUUCUAUUCAACCUGCUGCCAGCGGAGGGAGCGCUAACACUAAGGAUCACUAUAGCAACAUACAGGAAACUGAAGUGUUGUGUUUUCUACUCUGUUUUUAUAGAUGCCCCCAUUGAGUAUGCAGCUGAAUUCUAUGACAACGGUUACCUUUCUCUUCCCAAGACUAUCUUCCCCAGAAGGUGAGACAGAGUUUCCCAAGUGGAGAAGGAAGGAACUUUUGUUAAGCUGUAUCAGUUUCCUUCUCUGCAAUUGUCAGUAUUGUAUUGAGACAUCGACGUGGUCUAGGUAGUUUUAAAGCCAUGUCUGGGUCGCCACCCCCCCCCCCCAUCCCCCCCUCCCCCACACUCUCGCUCUCUCUCUCUCCCUCUUUCUCUCUCUUUCUCCAUGUGUAUGUGUGUUAUAAUGUCUGUGUGUGUGUGUUGUGUGUUGCAGCGGCCCUGACACUCCAGAGACCAUUGAGCUGGAAAUCAAGGUCAACACCAACUCCAAAGAGGGCCUGAUCCUGUGGCAGGGAGUGGUAUGUCCUAACCUGGCCACCGUACUCGUGCACCCCCGGGGCAAUACUCAGCACUAUUUAUCAUCCUUACUAUCUAAUCACAUAUUUACCAAUAACCUACCAUACAGCACUGUGAAUCAGCACUUCCGUUUACCCUCACUGUCAUUAAUAAUUAUAAUAAUACAUUGGAUUUGUGUCCCGCUUUUCUAAGACUCAAAGAGGUUCACCUGCAUUCAACCGCUCUUUUCCUUUUGGUUAUUUGUAAUGUUUUUAACUGGCUCUCACAGCUCACUUCUUUCUCAUUGCAUUGAGAUUGAUGUGACUUACAGACUGGCUGCCGGUUUGGGCAUGUUGGCUCUGAGCGAGCCACGUCACAGUUCCAGGUCCAGGCAUGGUUUGGCAUGGUUUUGACAGCACUAUUUUGAUUGACUGCACUGCAUGUUGCCUGGUUGUUGCUUUGCCUCUCUAACCCGAGCCCCUUCCCAUCUUCCCCAGGAGUCAGUUAAUGGCGCUAGUCAUUUCCGCAAGAUGCAUGCUAGUAAAAAGGUAUCCACCUCACCAAAACACCUGGUAAAUAUGGUAUAUUUCAGGAUAUGUACUUCAUGUAUAGAUGUAUUGUAAGAUGAUUUGACAGUCUUACACUAUAUCUACACCAUAACUAUGGACUACAUGUUUUGAACUUGAAUCUACAGUCGUGGUCAAAAGUUUUGAGAAUGACACAAAUACUAAUUUUCACAAAGUCUGCUGCCUCAGUUUUGAUGAUGGCAAUUUGCAUAUACUCCAGAAUGUCAUGAAGAGUGAUCAGAUGAAUUGCAAUUAAUUGCAAAGUCCCUCUUUGCCAUGAAAAUGAACUUAAUCCCCCAAAAACAUUUCCACUGCAUUUCAGCCCUGCCACAAAAGGACCAGCUGACAUCAUGUCAGUGAUUCUCUCGUUAACACAGGUGAGAGUGUUGACGAGGACAAGGCAGGAGAUCACUUUGUCAUGCUGAUUGAGUUAGAAUAACAGACUGGAAGCUUUAAAAGGAGGGUGGUGCUUGAAAUAAUUUUUCUUCCUCUGUUAACCAUGGUUACCUGCAAGGAAACACGUGCCGUCAUCAUUGCUUUGCACAAAAAGGGCUUCACAGGCAAGGAUAUUGCUGCUAGUAAGAUUGCAACUACAUCAACCAUUUAUCGGAUCAUCAAGAACUUCAAGGAGAGAGGUUCAAUUGUUGUGAAGAAGGUGUCGGGGCGCCCACGAAAGUCCAGCAAGCGCCAGGAUCGUCUCCUAAAGUUGAUUCAGCUGCGGGAUCGGGGCACCACCAGUGCAGAACUUGCUCAGGAAUGGAAGCAGGCAGGUGUGAGUGCAUCUGUACGCACAGUGAGGCGAAUACUUUUGGAGGAUGGCCUGGUGUCAAGAAGGGCAGCAAAGAAGCCACUUCUCUCCAGGAAAAACAUCAGGGACAGACUGAUAUUCUGCCAAAAGGUACAGGGAUUGGACUGCUGAGGACUGGGGUAAAGUCAUUUUCUCGGAUGAAUCCCCUUUCCGAUUGUUUGGGGCAUCCGGAAAAAAGCUUGUCCGGAGAAGACAAGGUGAGCGCUACCAUCAGUCCUGUGUCAUGCCAACAGUAUAGCAUCCUGAGACCAUUAAUGUGUGGGGUUGUUUCUCAGCCAAGGGAGUGGGCGCACUCACAAUUUUGCCUAAGAACACAGCCAUGAGCAAAGAAUGGUACCAAAACAUCCUCCGAGAGCAACUUCUCCCAACCAUCCAAGAACAGUUUGGUGAUGACCAAUGCCUUUUCCAGCAUGAUGGAGCACCUUGCCAUAAGGCAAAAGUGAUAACUAAGUGGCUCAGGGAUCAAAACAUCGACAUUUUGGGUCCAUGGCCAGGAAACUCCCCAGAUCUUAAUCCCAUUGAGAACUUGUGGUCGAUCCUCAAGAGGCGGGUGGACAAACAAAAACCCACAAAUUCUGACAAACUCCAAGCAUUGAUUAUGCAAGAAUGGGCUGCCAUCAGUCAGGAUGUGGCCCAGAAGUUAAUUGACAGCAUGCCAGGGCGGAUUGCAGAGGUCUUGAAAAAGAAGGGUCAACACUACAAAUAUUGACUCUUUGCAUAAACUUAAUAUAAUUGUCAAUAAAAAGCCUUUGACACUUAUGGAAUGCUUGUAAUUAUACUUCAGUAUACCAUAGUAACAUCUGACAAAAAUAUCUCAUAACACUGAAGCAGCGAACUUUGUGAAGACCAAUACUUGUGUCAUUCUCAAAACUUCUGACCACGACUGUAUAUGUGUUGUUGUUUCCGGCUGGAGCAGCCUACUACCUUUAGUUAACAAAUAAAUGAAAUCAAUCAAUCCUUAACAAUAAUAUGUAUGUAGUAUAAUAUGCACCAUGGCUGUGACAGCUUCAAUGCUCAUUGUUAUGUUGCAUGUAACAUUUGUACUGUACUACCAAAAGGAGCUUGAUUCAGGUUUGUGAUCAAAUUUUGAAUAGGUAUAAAAAAUAUAUUUGUAUGUAUCUUAUACAAUAAAGGAAACUCCACAAGUCUUAAUACAAAACCUGUGCGCUCAGUAUAUGAAAAAAUCCAUAAUGGUUUUAAUAUAUGAUCCAGAUAUACAGUACCAGUCAAAAGUUUGGACACACCUACUCAUUCCAGGGUUUUUCUUUAUUUGUACUAUAUUCUACAUUGUAGAAUAAUAGUGAAGACAUCAGAACUAUGAAAUAACACAUAUGGAAUCAUGUACAGUGGGGGAAAAAAGUAUUUAGUCAGGCACCAAUUGUGCAAGUUCUCCCACUUAAAAAGAUGAGAGAGGCCUGUAAUUUUCAUCAUAGGUACAUGUCAACUAUGACAGACAAAAAUUCCAGAAAAUCACAUUGUAGGAUUUUUUAUUAAUUUAUUUGCAAAUUAUGGUGGAAAAUAAGUAUUUGGUCAAUAACAAAAGUUUCUCAAUACUUUGUUAUAUACCCUUUGUUGGCAAUGACACAGGUCAAACGUUUUCUGUAAGUCUUCACAAGGUUUUCACACACUGUUGCUGGUAUUUUGGCCCAUUCCUCCAUGCAGAUCUCCUCUAGAGCAGUGAUGUUUUGGGGCUGUCGCUGGGCAACACAGACUUUCAACUCCCUCCAAAGAUUUUCUAUGGGGUUGAGAUCUGGAGACUGGCUAGGCCACUCCAGGACCUUGAAAUGCUUCUUACGAAGCCACUCCUUCGUUGCCCGGGCGGUGUGUUUGGGAUCAUUGUCAUGCUGAAAGACCCAGCCACGUUUCAUCUUCAAUGCCCUUGCUGAUGGAAGGAGGUUUUCACUCAAAAUCUCACGAUACAUGGCCCCAUUCAUUCUUUCCUUUACACGGAUCAGUCGUCCUGGUCCCUUUGCAGAAAAACAGCCCCAAAGCAUGAUGUUUCCACCCCCAUUAUUCACAGUAGGUAUGGUGUUCUUUGGAUGCAACUCAGCAUUCUUUGUCCUCCAAACACGACGAGUUGAGUUUUUACCAAAAAGUUCUAUUUUGGUUUCAUCUGACCAUAUGACAUUCUCCCAAUCCUCUUCUGGAUCAUCCAAAUGCACUCUAGCAAACUUCAGACGGGCCUGGACAUGUACUGGCUUAAGCAGGGGGACACGUCUGGCACUGCAGGAUUUGAGUCCCUGGCGGCGUAGUGUGUUACUGAUGGUAGGCUUUGUUACUUUGGUCCCAGCUCUCUGCAGGUCAUUCACUAGGUCCCCCCGUGUGGUUCUGGGAUUUUUGCUCACCGUUCUUGUGAUCAUUUUGACCCCACGGGGUGAGAUCUUGCGUGGAGCCCCAGAUCGAGGGAGAUUAUCAGUGGUCUUGUAUGUCUUCCAUUUCCUAAUAAUUGCUCCCACAGUUGAUUUCUUCAAACCAAGCUGCUUACCUAUUGCAGAUUCAUUCUUCCCAGCCUGGUGCAGGUCUACAAUUUUGUUUCUGGUGUCCUUUGACAACUCUUUGGUCUUGGCCAUAGUGGAGUUUGGAGUGUGACUGUUUGAGGUUGUGGACAGGUGUCUUUUAUACUGAUAACAAGUUCAAACAGGUGCCAUUAAUAUAGGUAACGAGUGGAGGACAGAGGAGCCUCUUAAAGAAGAAGUUACAGGUCUGUGAGAGCCAGAAAUCUUGCUUGUUUGUAGGUGACCAAAUACUUAUUUUCCACCAUAAUUUGCAAAUAAAUUCAUUAAAAAUCCUACAAUGUGAUUUUCUGGAUUUUUCUCAAUUUGUCUGUCAUAGUUGACGUGUACCUAUGAUGAAAAUUACAGGCCUCUCUCAUCUUUUUAAGUGGGAGAACUUGCACAAUUGGUGGCUGACUAAAUACUUUUUCUCCCCACUGUAGGUGUGUCCAAACUUCUGACUGGUACUGUAUGUUAGAUAUACUGUACAGUAUAUCCCCCAUACUCAACUGGCGGACCGCGGUCCGGAUCCGGACCCAGAACGGGGUCAAUACGGACCGCGAUUCUCGACUACUUGGUUGGGCUUCGACCCCUGGUAUCAUAUAAACUCACAUAAGUCAUGGAUUUUUUAUUAUUAUUAUUGCAGGAAAUUAGCUUUAAAAUAGAAAAAGAAAUCUCUGCCCCAUGCAAAAUUUGAAGAAUUGUGGGAAAUUAGGUUUAAACUGUAACAUUUUCUCUCUGCCAACAAGAAGGGUGUGAGCAGUUUGGGGUUGCAUGGGUUGCGAGGUGGGGGUUUGUUACUAUGCCGAAAAAUUACAAUAUUCAUCCGGACCUUUGCCACCUAGGAAAUUUGUCUGACCGGACCUUCUCAAGUAGUACUUGAGUACCCCUGCUGUAUAUGAUACAGUAUAUGCUAUUUUAUUGUCUGUCAUUAUACUGUCAUAACUUUCCUAUAAUUUGUCAUAUAAAUAACUUUAUUUCCAGGAACUUGGAGAUCAAGGCAAGGGCAAGGACUUUAUCAGUCUUGGUCUGCAAAACGGACACUUAGUCUUCAGGUAAGAAGGCAUCACUGUCAUCACUGUUUUUCGUCUUGAUUAUGGUGGUAUCCUAAGGAAUAUGCCCAUGCUUACUCUUCGUAUAUCUGAUUGGUAACGUACAGUUGAAGUCUGAAGUUUACGUACACUUAGGUUGGAGUCAUUAAAACUUGUUUUUCAACCACUCCACAAAUGUCUUGUUAACAAACUAUAGUUUUGACAAGUCAGUUAGGACAUCUACUUUGUGCAUGACACAAGUAAUUUUUCCAACAAUUGUUUACAGACAGAUUAUUUCACUUAUAAUUCACUGUAUCACAAUUCCAGUGGGUCAGAAGUUUACAUACACUAAGUUGACUGUGCCUUUAAACAGCUUGGAAAAUUCCAGAAAAUUAUGUCAUGGCUUUAGAAGCUUCUGAUAGGCUAAUUGACAUCAUUUGAGUCAAUUGGAGGUGUACCUGUGGAUGUAUUUUAAGGCCAACCUUCAAACUCAGUGCCUCUUUGCUUGACAUCAUGGGAAAAGCAAAAGAAAUCAGCCAAGACCUCAGAAUUUUUUUUGUAGACCUCCAUAAGUCUGGUUCAUCCUUGGGAGCAAUUUCCAAACGCCUGAAGGUACCACGUUCAUCUGUACAAACAAUAGUACCCAAGUAUAAACACCAUGGGACCACGCAGCCGUCAUACCGCUCAGGAAGUAGACGCAUUCUGUCUCCUAGAGAUGAACGUACUUUGGUGCGAAAAGUGCAAAUCAAUCCCAGAACAACAGCAAAGGACCUUGUGAAGAUGCUGGAGGAAACAGGUACAAAAGUAUCUAUAUCCACAGUAAAACGAGUCCUAUAUCGACAUAACCUGAAAGGCCGCUCAGCAAGGAAGAAGCCACUGCUCCAAAACCGCCAUAAAAAAGCCAGACUACGGUCUGUAACUGCACAUGGGGACAAACAUCGUACUUUUUGGAGAAAUGUCCUCUGGUCUGAUGAAACAAAAAUAGAACUGUUUGGCCAUAAUGACCAUCGUUAUGUUUGGAGGAAAAAGGGGGGACUUGAAAGCUGAAGAACACCAUCCCAACCGUGAAGCACGGGGGUGGCAGCAUCAUGCUGUGGGAGUGCUUUGCUGCAGGAGGGACUGGUGCACUUCACAAAAUAGAUGGCAUCAUGAGGAAGGACAAUUAUGUGGAUAUAUUGAAGCAACAUCUCAACAUCAGUCAGGAAGUUAAAGCUUGGUCGCAAAUGGGUCUUCCAAAUGGACAAUGACCGUUGAGAGCCCGGUAAUCAAUGCACGGCCGCUGCCCACCAUCCUUUUUCCCCACAAAGAAGAAGCCCGCGCCCGCGGGUGAGGUAGAGGUGGUGGAGGUGACCCUCGACGAGUGCCUCGUCUAUAUACUCCCUCAUGGCCAUUGUCUCCGGCCAGGACAAGUAAAACAAUCGCCCUCGUGUGGGCAUGGCGCCCGGCAGGAGAUCGAUAGCACAGUCGUAUGGCCUGUGAGGAGGUAGACCCUUGGCACGCAUCUUACUAAACACCUCCCCCAGAUCCCAAUACUCCCGGGAAACUCCUGCCAGGUCUGGGCCGGUGACGGAGUCUGUAGCCGCCAUCCUCCCGGUUUCAACCGCUGCUAGGGCGGUAGGCGGUUCGGAGUGCGGGACCUGGGGAAGAUCUGAGGACUGGUAGGUGGUCUGGGACGGUGGUUUGGGCUGAUGAGUGGUCGGUGGAGACCGGAACAGGACAAGAGCGGAGCCUCCCUCCAGGAUGAGCCGCCCCAUGGACCAGUCUAUCCAGGGUUUGUGGGCGACCAGCCAGGGAUGCCCGAGGACGAGGGGACACUCCGGAGAGUCCACAAUAAAAUACUGGAUAUCCUCCCAUAGCCCCCCUGCCACCCGGACAGCACGGGGACAGUGCGCCGGGUGAUGAAGCCCGACCCCAAUGGCCGGCCGUCCAGGCCCAUGACUGGAACUGGCUCGGAGAGGGAGAGUAAUGGAACGCUCCACCCUUGGGCUAGCCCCGUGUCCAUCAGGUUUCCCGCAGCCCCAGAAUCCACUAGUACAUGCGCCCUACACGCAGCGCGGGCCCACUGAACCCUGAUGGUGAGAAAAGUCCGGGAGUCUCUGGAGUUGGGGUUUCGGUUCCGGCUCGCUAGCACCCCUCCCGAUAUUAGCGAGCCCUCCCGUUUCCUGGCUUCUCCGGGUAUGAGUCGCAGUGGUGACCUGCCUGGCCGCACUACAGGCAACGUCCCUGGCGCAGACGCCUCUCCAUCCUGGACAAGCGCGCCACACCCAGCUGCAGAGCCUCCUCCUGAGGUGUCUCCUCCCUGAAUCGGCGGAAAGCCUCCAGGCUGAUAGGGGGACGCGGAGGUGUGCCUUGCGUCAUCCCUCUCUUGUGCUCCCUCUCACAACGGCGAUUGUCUACCCGCACCGAGAGGUUGACGAGGCCAUCCAGUCACUCAGGCAGCUCCCUGAAGGAGAGUUCAUCCUUCAUCCCCUCCGAUAGCCCUGAGCGUAAAGGACGACCAGGGCGGCCUCCUCCCAUCCUGCCUCUCGAGCCCGAGUCCGGAACUCCACGGAGUGGCCCGCCACCGAACGGUCACCCUGCCGACAGGCCGUGAGCCGCCUCCCGGCCUAGUGCCCCGACACCACCCGAGAGGUGUCGAACACCUUGCGUAGCUCCCGGGUGAACUGGUAGUAGUCGGAGCAUGCCAGAGUUUGGCUCUCCCACUCCGCGGUAGCCCAGGAAAGGGCCCGACUCGUCAACAAAGUGAUGAUGUAGGCCACCCUGCCCUGCUCCUUCGGGAAGGAGAAGGGUUGUAGGCUGAAUACCAGGGAAUACCCUGCAGCCCUCUGGACGUCCGUCAUACCUCUCCGGAGGUGGUAGGCGGGGUUCCCGCGAUGUUGCAGGUGAGACUGGAGACGCCGCUACCGCGGCUUCUGCUCCGCCGGCUGCCGGGCUGGUCGGGUGUCCAUUGGCAACGGAGGUUCUCUGUGAUCUGCUGCAUGCUGCGGUCGUGUUGGUUCAGCAUAGCUCCCUGCAUUGCCAAUGCGCUCCGAUACUGUGCUGCUGGGUCCAUAUUGGCUCAGUUUUCUGUAAGGGUUGGUGUGAGGUGUGACCCAGGUGCGGUGCAGGAUAGACAGUAGGCAGUAGGCAGAUAUGGUGAAACAAGGAUCUUUACUGGUGGUCCCAAAACCAGGAUACAACAUAACGGACUUAACACGAUAAAAGAAAGGUGGAGCAAAUAAGUCUCCAAAAACAAGCUGACAGCCAAAAUACGAAAAAGUAACUACGACUGAAAUAAUAAAGAAACAGGGAGAACACUUCUCGAGUACCUGUACAUACUUCUCCGAUCAGACUGCUGAGCAUAGAGAAACUAGCAGAGAAAACUGAGCAAGGGAACACAGGGAAGUGAGGGCAUAAAUACACAGGUGAACAGGUAGACACAGGUGACACCAAUAGGAUCAUUAUUAGUCCAGACUGUGAGUGAGGAGGUGCCUAAGGUUGUCGGAGAAGGACACCUAGUGGAUCGCUCCGGAAUUGCAACCCCCUCCUCUAACAACAGGGGUGUCAAUAGUUUUGACCCCUGCCUUUUUGAGAGAAAAAAAUAUUACUUGUUAAACAAAAUCUCUUUCUCUGAGCAAUUGUAUUAGUAUAAAAUUAUAAAAUGUCCCUAUUUUUUUUAGCAUACAAUAUAGCUCAGUAUUGUAAUUAUUUAUUUUAUACAGUCAUUCUUGCUCAUCUUUAUCAAGGGUGUCAAUCAUUUCGGACCCCACUGUAGUUCCUUAUUCUCCUCUGUGUAGUCCCAGUAGUAAUGCUGCUGUUGCAUGAUCCCUGUCUGUCCACAGCUACCAGCUGGGCAGUGGAGAGUCUCAGAUCCAGUCCAGAGAGCCCAUCAACGAUGGCAGAUGGCACAAGGUCACUGCUGUGAGGUAACGUACAUGACUUUCCACUCUCAUGCUCUGUUACACCUUGUAUUAUUCACCUCUUAUUCCACAUACAGUGGAAGAUCUAUUUUUAAUAGAAUAUAAAAAAAAAAUAUUUUUGGUGGUGAUUUAUUUUCUCAACGAAUGUACUCUGUGCUUUGUGAUGAAGUGUAUUGAUUAUACGAGUAAGGAAUUUUUUCUUCUGUGUGUGUGUGUGAUCAGAACUGGUAAACAGGGAUAUAUUCAGAUAGACGGCGGAGCCAUUCGACGAGGACAAUCACAAGGCAAAAGUAUCAUGGUGAACACCAAAGGCAAUGUAUACCUGGGUACGUCUCCUUCCCGUUAGGGACCUAUUGGGAAAAUGUCAAGUAUUAUAUUUCAAAGUCUCCUUAGAGUAGAGAAAUACAGUACCUUAAAUAUUUCCUUGGAAAGGGACAAGAAUUAAGAGUUUGAAAGUACAGUGUCCCAAAUCUAUAGGGAAAUGACUGAUUGACAGAGGUGAUAUUGUGUCUUCUCUAAGGACAUGCACUGAGAUUGACUGGGUGUGCGUGCAUGUACUCAUGUGUGUGUUUGUGUGUUACAGGGGGAGCUCCGGACAUAUCUGCGAUGACGGGAGGGAAGUUCUCCUCGGGGCUCGAAGGCUGUGUGAGGAACCUGUCUUUGAUGAACGCCCGGCCGGGAGAGCAGCUGGCCAGACCCAUCGAGCUGCAGGCCACAGCAGAGAAUGGCAUCAACGUGGGCCGUUGCUCCUCAUAGACCUAUAGCGUCUCCCCCCCCCCCCCACACACAUGCACACACACACACACACACCCAGAGACUAUGGAGACAAGAUACACACGCACACAUUCACAGUUACACGCAAACACACAGAGACUUACACACAUGCAUACACAUACAGUCAGUUUGAUACAAACAUGGUGCUUUGCUCCUACCAAACACAAAGAUACACAACACAAAAUGAUAUUUUGCUCUGUGUGCAUUAAACCAAAAAAAAGAGAAAAAAUGAAAUGAUAUUAACAAGUCUUCACUUCCUCAGUGUUGUAUUGUCAAUGAAGGUCAAGGACUAUUAACACAGGAGAUCCAGUACAGUUUACAUACUCCCGGCAGUAGCUUUUAGCCAUGAGAACAAGAGAGUAAAACGCUAUAGGCCUUCUACGAUGGGUCAGAUCCUAUGGAGUUGGAGAUGUUUUUACAGCACUGAAUUUUUAUUUAUAUAAAUAUAAAUAUAUAUUAUAUAUUUGUGGGGAAAACAUGCAAACUAACCAUAACUGCUCUUCUUUGUCCUGGAGUUGAUUCUGGGUUCUAAUACUGUGUGUCCAGGGCUUUUUUAAGGGCCUAGUUUUGUUAAUACUUGAAGACAUUUAGGCCUUCUACUUUCUUCUUCACUUCUGUAGGGGAACCUGAGGGGCGAGCAUGCUCACAGCCUUGUUACACUAUUGGUAGAGGGGUCACAGAGGUCACGGCACAAAGCAGUAUCAAGACUCAUCUCAGGGGAAGACAGGAUUUAA